GAAUCGUUGGUACGAUCUUCGCGACUCCAACUGAGUCACGCAACUCAGGUGCCCUGGAGGACCCAGCAUGGGAUUUGCGUCUUGCUCCCUGAUUUCGGGAACAGCAACUGCUCCGCUCCGCUCCGGCCCCGCGCUAUCCGAGGUAACAAGCGCCACCACCACCGCUCGUCUGUCGGUCGCUGCGACUUCGCUGAAGCGAUAGCUAUCUCCUCGAAAAGCCAGCCAGACCAGUUGGAUGCCUUCUUGCGCUGCAGGUCCCUCUCGUCGGAAACUUUCGCCUGCUGCUCAUCCCCGCUCCGGCUUGCUCGACUUUGAAAGCGCCCCGGACCCUCCGCACGGCUCGGCGGCCGGCUCUCCUGCCAAGCAAAUGGCUAACCCGAACGCGCUCUCCAAUGGACACCUGCACUGCCGCCAGAACGGGCACAGCUUAUCCAAACGGGACGUUCGCAAGAAAAACGGGGUGGUUAAAGAGACCAAGGUGAGCUUUGCAUUUCCGGUCCCACCUCUGGGACCCUUGGCUAACCAAACUAAGCCAUAUACUUUUAAGCGUUCUACUUGUGUGUAGUGGGGCGAUUUAGCUGUCUCCCCCCAAAAAAAAUAAUACGCUGUACGUGGGAAUGGGGUCAACUCAUCUUUUCUAACGCCCCAGCAUCUUCAGGGCAGAAAGGCUUGAUUUGCAUCUGUUUUAGGCCCAUCUCCCCUUCCCGGCCCUCCUCUUUCUGAUUAGUUUUUGGCAUGGCAUAUAGCUGUUAUACACAUUUUAAAUAUAUGGUUAUUCUCCUAGAAGCUCAUAUGGGGGUAGCACAUGAGACGCUUAAUCUCAGAAUUGUGGGUUCGGGCCCCCACAUUGGGCGAAAGAUUCCUGCAAUGCAGGGAGGUUGGAAGAGAUGACUCUGGAGGUCCCUUCCAACUCUACAAAUCUACGAUUGUUGGUAGCUUGAAACACUGCUUUUGUUUAAAAAACAAACAAACUGAAACAUCUCUUCUCCCGCCCCCAGCAUAUGAAUGCAGGAUGGUCUUACUGUUUUGAUUGUUGCAUACAAAAACGAGGGGCAACUUGUAUGUGAUACGUAUUUGUCCCAGUGUUCAUUUCACAGCUGGACUCCAGGUCAGGGUUCUUGUUAAACUAUACUGUCCUCAUUUGAUGUCUCGUUGAGUUGCCUCCUUUGCUUUAUCUUCCUCUGAUUCAGCUCUCACACCUCCAAAGUUUUCUAACAGGUUGCCGGGUGUCAGCUUGCAAAACAGGUCUUUGCUGAAGUUUGAGAAGCAGGUGUGGGUGGGUUGGAGGGAGGGAGGGCUCUUCCCCAUAUAAGAAAAAAAACACAAACACAAUGCUUGUGUGGUUGUGGUAAAGUUGAAAGUGGGACAUGGGGAAGUUUCCCAUGUCUGACCGCUGGUCCACCUAGCAGAGGCGGAUUUAGAGCAGUGUGACCGGUUCCGCCACACUGGGGGCCGAGCCUAGGGGGCGUCACAACUAUGACGUAGCAAAUUGAACAGAAUGGAAGGCUGGGGACAUGUGUGCCGAAUUUUGACAUCGCACAGGGCCAAACUUGCCCCUGCAUCAAGCUUAGUGUGGUCUACGUGAUUGGUCUUCAACCAGUGUGUUUGGAGUCACUAAUGCGUGGCAGCGACCUACUGCCAUACAAAUAAAUGGUGUGUGCAUAUUUGUGUGUGUGUGGUCUCCAAAUGCAUGUUUGGGUUAACAGUGGGCCCCAGAUCUGAAAAGGCUGAAGACUACUGCUUGCAAUGAUGGUUAGUACCUCUUCAGAGCUUCAGACACACGUCUUUCCCACCUGGAAUUGGAUGGGAACUUCGUGCCCUUUCCAUGCAAAAACUUGCUCUUAACACUGAACUACAGCCAACCCCCCCCCCCCCAAGGCAGAUGGGGGGGAACCUGUAGCCCUUGUGAUGCUAUUGGGCUGCAACUCCCAGCAUCUUCAGCCAGACUGCUCUGUGGUCAGGGAUGAUGUGAUGGGAGUUCCAGUUCAAAAUCUGGAGGGCCUAAGGUGAAAACCGAGUUUCUUUAUAAUAAGUCAAAGCUUCAAGAGGUAAGAAAUAGAUUGUAUAUGAGACUUCAAGUGCUGUGGUUUUGUUCAGUGAAGUAAAAAAAAGGUGUUGGUUCAUACGCUAGUGUUGCUUGUCGAACAGUAUCUUGUUUCUUUCUUGUGAAGAAGCAAAAUACCAUGGUGGUAGAACAGCUGUUGAUUGGAUUGCUUUCCAAACUUGGAGGCUUUCCAAACACAAACUUCCUAUCUAGAGUCUCUUCCUACUGUGAACUGCAUACACGGCUAUGCUUAUUAAGUAGACGCACCCAAUGCCUUGUCCAAGGAGUGCCUAUGGGUGUCUCCUGCUUGCUUGGCAUAAAACCUUAGUGUGAAGAUGGGAGGGAAGAAUACUUGUGCAACUUAUGUGGAGGGAUGUUUUGGAUGACUUCCAUUCAGUCUGAGAGGUUCAGGAUUUUGAUACUGGGCUCAGCCAACAGCAGAACAAUGGGAGAGGACUCUAUGGAAAGAAAUCAUUCAGCAAAUCUAUUGAUCUGCCUUAAGGGAGAUACAGGCAGCCAAUCAAAUUUAACAUACACCCCUGGCUAUUUUCGUGGCUUAAUGGAAGUUUGUUGGGGAUGUAUUGUGAGCAUGUACUGGAUAUUUCCAGUAUAAUAUAAUCAUCACUGCCUAUACCUUUCUGCAUUUCAUUUCCUUCUGUCCUCAUUGCUUGCUGCUUCUGCCCCAGUUGUGUAUAUUGCGGGUGAGUAAUCUGUGGUCCUCCAGAUAUUGCCAAACUAGAACUCUCAUGAACCCCAGCCAGUAUGGCCAGUGACCAAUGAAGAUAGGAGUUGGUGUUGUUGGGUUCCCCAUCUUUAGUGUGCGUGCGUGUUAUCUGAAACUCAGGAUAACACUUCAUGUGUUUGACAACGUCAUUCAAUCUUAUGUCACAAUGUGUUAGUCUUUAAGUUUCCGUCUGUUGUAGCAAAAACAACUUUGGAUAUUCCCUGUAACCUUUUACUAGUAAUGUGUGGCACAACUCUUCAUCUACCUCCUGAUAAGCCUAGAACACCUUCUGAACUCUUCUUUGCCCCUUUGCUAUUCUGUGAGCCUUUAGGAUAACAAAUUUUUUACUCAAUUGUUUCUGGAGUCUGUGUACUCCCCAUUUCCUGUUACGAAGCUUGGUUUCAGAUGAGAGCAGGGUCACCUGCAGACCAUACCUUUAAAGCACAUGGCUUUCCCCCAAAGAAUCAUGGGAACUGUAGUUUGUUAAGGGUUCUGGGAAUUGUAGCUUGAAGAGGGGUAAACAGUUGUUCCCAGGAUUAUUUUUGAAAAGCCAUGAGCUUUAGAUGUACAGUAUGCGGUGAUUACAAAUCGCAAUGAAAUUCUCCCUUCCCAUCAGAAUUCUGUGUGUAUGCUUCAAGUCUGAGUGACACUUGUUAGAGCGUUGCGUAAAGGAAAAUGUGUUGUUAAAGCGCAGGUGAUUUGAUGAAGGUUGUAAUGGUGCAUUCCUUAUAGCAAUGAACUGACAUUUUUAUAGUAUUGGGCUAGACUGAAAGUCUGUUCUCAACGGUUUUGCCCAUUGUUUGCUCUGAGACACUGAACCAAUACCAUUUUAAGUGAUGCAGCAGUCACAUCAACUGGAAUGCUAGCCUCAAACCAGUCAAGGAUCUGUUGCUCUCUUUUGCCAAAAGAGGACAUAGCUGUGUUGUAGGAUGCCUCUCUGAUGUAGUUCCACCUUGCUUCAACGCUGUCUCUGGGGCAGUUCAAUAGUGCUUGUUUGACGGAAUCAGAGAAGCGUUCACAAAGUUCAGAUAUGACUGAUGGGUAGUGUUGAUUCGAGGCCUCGCUUUGGGCUAUGGGUCUUCUGUGGCUGGAGAAGGAUCUUACUCAUCACUGGGGAAUGAUCCAUGUCACAGUCUGCAUCAUGGUAGUUCCAUGUAACAGUCCCAAUCACCUGGUGACAAGUCCAGCCCACGGUGUGACCUGGGAUGUCUCCAGGACUGUCACUGUUUUGCCUUGAUAGAGGAGAGCAUGCUUGUGAUGCAAAGGCUGUGAAAGCAGCACAGUUCAAACAGCCUUUGUCCUUUCUCGUUCAUGCUGUCAAUACCAAAGUGGCCUACAGAGUUGUCUCAUAUGUGAUGAUCGUUCUCAACUCUGCCACUGAAAUCUCCUAGCAGGAAUAGGCGCGACCAGCCUGGUCUAGUUCCUCGUGUAAUAGGUCUCUGGACUGUAUGUCAGAGCACAUACUGGGAGCAUAAAUGCUCAAGAUGUUAACUGGACUGGAAGUGAUUGAGAGAUGAAUGGAAAGCAAGCAUUCUGAACCCUCAGUUGGCAGUUCUGUUGCAGACAGGAAGUUCAUUACUGCUAAUCGUAUGCCAUGAAUAUGUGGUACUUCAGGAUGUUCUCCUUGCCAGAAAAAGGUAUAGCUCCUCUCACAGCCUGCCAUUCAAAGAAAGUCUGGUCUCCUGUAAAGCAUUGAUGAAAGAGUUGAACAUUUUCGGUUUACAGUCAAUGAUGGCCAUCUGUAUGUUGUUUCUUUUCUUUCUUUAUUGCCUCGUGCAGUUUUUCAGGUAGAUAGUGGCGGGUCAACAUUAAGGUUGCCUGGCAGUAGCUGACACUGAGACAUGAUGAGCUCUUUCACUGCCCAAAGCAACCUAUAGCACUCGUACCUUAUGCCAAUCAGAUAGAGCUUAUAAUUCGUGGCGGCUGCCUCCCACAAGGAGUUUACUCCUUAGCCUUUUCCUCUCCCGAAGAUGUCCCGCAAGGCAGCGGAUAUUAUUAUUCAGAAUUUACUUUGCUUCAGGAUGAGAACAGAAAUUGUGCGGCGGCGGCAUGGGAGCAGCGGGAGGCCCCAUUAGCUAAAGUGGUGCUUCAGGUUAGGAACAGUUUCAGGUUAAGAAUGGACUUCCAGAACGAAUUAAAUUCUUAACCCGAGGUACCACUGUAUAGCCGCAAGGCAGCAGAGGUUUAGGAUCAGAGUUUUCUUUCUCCAAGAUGGGUUAUCUUCCCAGGUCGACGAGCCCCAUCUGCCACCCACUUCCCUCUACAGCACUGCAGAAACUACCUUCUUGACAAUUGGACCUACAAUUGGUCUGAUCUGCUCAAUCCACUGGGGCCCAUCUACUCAUGCAGGGGAAGUCCCUAACUAAAUGAUGGUUUGAGGCCUAUCGUCUACCCUCACAUGGUUUAGCCAGCCAGUUGAAGUUGUUUCCUGUGAUGUGGCCACUGUCAAAUGCUGGCUGCUUCUAGGAUCCACAGGUGAGAGCUGAAUGCAGGAUGGGGAUCAAAGGUGGGCAAAUUACCCCAGUAGAAGCAUGAUGUGUGAUCCCCCCUCCCACCAGAGGUACUAACCCUACUCUAAAACCCCAUACACCCCAGGAGAGGAUUAGGGUUUGGGGAAUGUGGGCUGUGAGGAGUGUGUGUUUCUAAAAGGUUGCUCUGGACACAGGUGUUUCAAGAGGAAAGAGCCAAAGGACACCCCUCACCCCCCCCCCCUCUGCUCCUUUGCCCACACUGCAGAAUACGCACACAUCACUUACUUAUGUAGCUUUCAAGUUGUUAGUGGUUUGGAGUGUACAGUUCCACUGGUGCUAUAGGAACGUAGGAAGCUUGUUUUUGUUAGAUUAAGUCAUUGGUUCUCAAGCUUUUUUCCCCUCUGAACCAUACUUUCAGAAUAAAAAUAGGCUUGUGCCACACCAAAGUUUUUAUUGAUAGGAAAGACACUGGAAAUAAAAAAUAAACAGUGCUUCGCAGUGCUUGAUUCUUAAUGUAGAACACAACUGAGCUUAUCAUAUGGUCAUGGGACAUCCAGGAAGUGCAACUAUGUAAGGACAUGAAUCAUUCCCCAAAUAUAAUAUUGAUUGCCCUUGAAUCUUCCUGCCACACUUGCAAUCCUCAAAGUGCCACACCCUUUGAGAACCACUGGAUUAAGUGCUGCUAGGACCUUGGUUUGAAAGAGACCUGGAGUUCCCCUGCUGAAGAAGACAUGCUUGCAGACAAGAGUUGCCAUAUUUUGAUUUCAUAAAUAUUGUUUGAGACCAGCAGGUUUUCCUCGCUUGACAGGCUUUGGGAAGGGAGUAAAGGGCUCUGACAGCAUCCCAGAGCUCUCACACCACCUUCCCAGACCCCAGUAAACAGCCUAAUGGGGAGGGCAGUUUUGGGGGUUCCUGGCUUUGUGCAAUGUUGCCUUUGUGCAAAAACCCCCAGAGCCGAACCCUUGCACACAUGGCAGGCCCACUGUACUCCUUUUCUCCUCCCAUUAUUUUUAGUUGCUGUUUUUUGCCUUUUUGUGCACAUGCAACAAUGGACAUGUUCAGUUCAGAUGGUGGCUCGUUUAAAUACCACAGGUGUCUUUGUCUCCCUUUUUGCCUAAUGCAAUUACAGGUGGAACCUGCCCCCACAAGAGAUCAUUUUGUCAUGAGGGCUUGGCAAAGCAGAAGGAGGGACUAGCUAUUUAUGUAGGGCAUCUACAGUUAUACAACCAAUUUUUAUGACUCUGCAAACUGCGGGGAAGAAGGUUUGAAGAAACCUUCGCAACCACUUAGUUUUCUUUUCGCAAGAGCUAUGUGCAAAAAUAAAAGUGUAACGUGAUCACUGCCCAGAGGGCUGAUAGCCUUCGUAAGAUAUGAAGAGGCCCAGCAAUUGCCUUAUGUACAGUCAGUCCUUCCAACUCUCUGUUUGUGGCUCUUCUUGUUAAGGAUUAUCUUACUGUUGUAACAAGGUGAGUUUAAAAUGCAUAUGAUAGUUUUUAAUUGAUGUUCUCUGUGCUUACCUGUGAGGACUGUGUUUAGAAACUGAAAUGGAUUAACGGAAUGAGCCAGAGCCUACUGUUUUUCUCCAUGCAUCCUGUUUUUCCAUUUGUUUCUUUAUGAUUGGCUUCUUGGUGGCCUGCCUUCUUUUUUUGUGCAGGUAUACUCUGCCUCUCAGAGAAAUUAGAUUUCAUGAUCUAAUUGUCAUUGUCUGCUCCCUCGAUGGCUUUACGCAGGGACACAUGAAUCCAUUGAAUCCAUUUGCCAAGUUCACCACCACCAUCACUUCCCUCUGGCAAACGCCACAGGUCACCAGCACUCAUUCACUGAGCUACAGGCUGCUACUUUCUCCCUUGACCCAGUGUUAGAAACUCAGAUAUAUAAGCUAGGUGCCAAAUGACUCCUUAAACCAGGGUUACAGUCACCAAAAUGGAAUGCCUAGUGGCUAUUUUGGGGGCAGAUGACUCAAAAGCCUUAUACAGUCGUACCUUAGUUCUUCAACACCUUGGUACUCGUAUGUUUUGGCUCCUGAACGCCAAAAAACCAGAAGUAAGUGUUCCGGUUUUUGAAUGUUUUUUGGAAGCCGGACAUCCGACGUGGCUUCUGCUUCAAUGCAGGAAGCUCCUGCAGCCAAACAGAAGCUGUGCCUUGGUUUUUGAAUGUUUUGGAAGUCAAACGGACUUCCGGAACAGAUUACGUUCGAGAACCAAGGUAUGACUGUAUUUCAAUACGAAUUUUUGGUUUCUGAAAUUCUUUUCGGUAAAAUAUAACAGAUAGAAUUCUAUAGGAUGUGGAAUUAGUGUGUGAAAACAGUCAAGAUCCAAGGAUCCCCAGGCAUACACUCCAGAUGGUAGAGAUGUGAGGCACCAUCCUGGUGCCCAGUCAUCUUAAGUUGGUCAUAAGUAGCCAAUAGCCAGGUGCAAAAUGCACUGGCGAAUUUUGAACACUGCUCCUGGCACCGCCAUCGGGGCUCAGCAUGUGUUGCAUGCUUUCUUGGGAACUCGUGGAUAACAGUAGCAUUAUUAAAUCCGCCUUGCUGUGCCCCUGAGCUCAAGCUUCCCUACGCUGGAGUGCCCUUUGAGUGCAGAGGCAGAGAAAGCAUCUGUUUCUCUGCACUCUCUCCGGCUUAGAAGUAUUAUGGGAUGAGACCUUUUUCUCUGAUCCCAUCAUCCACUUUCCUGUUAGGAUAUUUCCGUUCCACCUUAAAAGGGAGCAGGCUUUGUGAGUCAGAGUCUGCGCAUGUCCUGUUCACAGGAUGUUUAUGUUUGCUAUUGCUUUCGUUUUCUCUCUCUGUGUCAGAGACACUGACGCAGGCAGUCAUGUUUUUCUUUGUUCUGAUCAACGCUGAAUAAAACUUGUAAAUAAUGCUCUCCUGAGUGCGACUUUUGCUGUGACUAUCUGCUGAUAGAGUGUGCAUGAGCUCUGGAAUGUGGCAAGAUAUUUUCUAGAAACUCAUGUCACUAAUUGCUGAUACUGCGUGCCUACGGGAGAUCGAUGGAUCGUCCGGCAGACGGCUUGGGGCCAUGAUGGACUUUGUCUCCCUGGCAGUAUCCCAACAUUUCCCAGCUAUAGAGCCUAAGAGAGGAUCAGAUCCACACCCCACACAAAAAAAACAACGUCUCCUGUUACAUCUCAGAGAUGUAGCAUGAGGCCUAUGGAGUAAAAGGUCAUGGUAACAACCUUUUUUUGGGUUGUGAGGGACAGAGGCAAACCCAGGUGUCAGGCACAGAGGCAGGUUAGUAACAGUGCAGCAUCAACCGCCCCCUUCCAUUUCUGUGGCGUAAUGGUUAGAGUGAUGGACUCUGACCUGAGAGAGCAGGGUUUGAACCCCCACUCAGCCAUGAAGCUCACUGGGUGACCUUGGGCCAGUCACCGUCUCUUAGCCUAACCUGCCUCACCAGGGCUGUCAUGAGGAUGAAACGGGGAGAAGAAAAACCAUGUACACCACUUUGAGCUCCUUGGAAGAAAAGGCAGCAUAGAAACCUAAUUUUAAAAAACGGAGAGGUUGUUAUUAUAAUCUGUCUUGCUUUCCUCACUGUGAGCUGCAGAAGGUAUAUAUUUGCCUUUCCCCUUUAUAUAGCAGGGCUUUGUCAUGAAGUCCAUUGAGAGCGUUUGCUUCUGUAUCUAAGUAUUCAAAUGGCUCAAGAGAAGAGACACUGUGCCAUCAAAAAUAUUGGAAACAAAUAGAUAAGUGAAUAGUCAAUCACUGCCUAUUGAAGAUGAGAAGGUGAAGCACUAGGAUUUGGAGUGAUAUUUGUACGACAAUAAGGGUGGUGGGAGAGGGGAGGAAGUCAUAGAUGUCAACUUUUCCCUUUUCUUGCGAGGAAUCCUAUUCAGAAUAAGGGAAUUUCCCUUUUAAAAAGGGAAACGUUGACAGCUAUGGAGGAAAUGAGACCCCUUCCAUUGGCCUGCCUGGGACCAGCUUGAAUAUGGCUUCUCUCUUCCCAUGGCUGUUCUACCGGGUCACCAGAAGAAUUUCUGUAACUUUAUUUAAAUACAGUGGUACCUCGGGUUAAGAACUUAAUUCGUUCUGGAAGUCCGUUCUUAACCUGAAACUGUUCUUAACCUGAGGUACCACUUUAGCUCAUGGGGCCUCCCGCUGCUGCCGCGCGAUUUCUGUUCUCAUCCUGAAGCAAAGUUCUUAGCCCAAGGUACUAUUUUUGGGUUAGAGGAGUCUGUAACCUAAAGCAUCUGUAACCCGAGGUACCACUGUACAGUGGUGCCCCGCAAGACGAAUGCCUCGCAAGACGGAAAACCCGCUAGACGAAAGGGUUUUCCGUUUUUGAGUUGCUUCGCAGGACGAAUUUCCCUAUGGGCUUGCUUCGCAAGACGAAAAUGUCUUGCGAGUCUUGAGAUUUUUUUUUUGCUCCCCCCCCCUUUAUCUAAGCCGCUAAGCCUUUAAUAGCCUUUUAGCAGCUAAUCCGCUAAGCCGAUAAGCCUUUAAUAGCCGCUAAACCGCUAACAGCGCUAAUCCGUUAAGCCGCUAAUAGGGUUGCUUCGCAAGACGAAAAAACCGCUAGACGAAGACACUCGCGGAACGGAUUAAUUUCGUCUUGCGAGGCACCACUGUAUUAGUAGCUAAAUUGCCUCUAUUUUCCCAUGACUCAGGCAUCUUUUCUUCUUUUUGCAUCAUGGGUAAGCCUCUGUCUAUGUUUUGUUUUUAUAUUAGUUUAUAAAGAGUACACCUUGUAUUCUCCAAGCCAUACUGUAUUAGUAGCUAAAUUGGCUCUAUUUUCCCAUGACUCCGGCAUCUUUUCACAUCAUGAGUAAGCCUCUGCCUGUGAUUUUUUUUAUAUUAGUUUAUAAAGAGUACACCUUGUAUUCUUAAAUUAUUAAUUAUUAAUUAAUUCGUUUCUUAAUCAAUUAAUUCUUACUUUAGAGUUUCGGGACUGCUUGUAUCAAAAGACUUGUAUACUACAGUACCUAGUGUGCCAAGCCAGCUUCGUCAUUAAACUUGAAUGAGUCGGUUAGGUUUUUAUCUCUAUCUCUGAAACACUUCCUGCUGCACUAGAUGUACUAUCAGGAAUCUGUGUCCAUGCUUUUACUGACACAAAUGUGAGUUGCAACACCCUUUCGCCGCUGACUUUUCCGUAAGUUGGUGUGGGUGUUGUGAGCUAUGAAGGAACCAGGCAGUGUUGAACCCCAAGACAUGGGACCUUUCACAAGAAGCAAAAGGGAGAAUACCGUCUUAAAACAAUGGGUUUUUCUAGGUGCUUACUGCCUUUCGCAGGUAUGACAAAACUGGAUGGCAGUAGGGCUUUAUCCCAAAACAUGGAGCACUGCAAUGUCACAUCUUCAAGGGAUUACCUCCACUUAAAAUAUGUCUAGUAAAAUGCACACAAGGCAGUUUUACACUUGUGACGUUUGAAAACUUCUUCUUUUUUAUAAGAUAUUUAUUAAGAUUUUUUGAAAAUAUUACAGUAAAAAAGAAAAAAAGAAAAAAAAGAAAAAUACAAAAUAAAAACAGUUAAAAACACACAUAUUUUCCAUUACUUAUUUUCCUUUAGCUUGUUUCCCGGACCUCCUCAUACCUCCCUUUUUUGUAUUCCACUUCAAUUCAUUAGUUCAGCAAAUCCUUACCAUUAGAUUUUUACCCAUUUAUAACCCUUUUUUCAUAUUCUCUUAGAGCAUUACAGCUGGAAACCGCUUAAUUUCUAUCCAACAUCAUUCUAUCAUUCAUUAAUUUUACAAUAUUUCUGUAGAUAGUCCUUAAAUUUCUUCCAAUCUUCUUCCACCGACUCUUCUCCCUGGUCUCGGAUUCUGCCAGUCAUUUCUGCCAAUUCCAUAUAGUCCAUCACCUUCAUCUGCCAUUCUUCCAAAGUGGGUAGAUCUUGUGUCUUCCAAUACUUUGCAAUGAGUAUUCUUGCUGCUGUUGUAGCAUACAUAAAAAAAGUUCUGUCCUUCUUUGACACCAAUUGGCCAACAAUGCCCAGAAGAAAGGCCUCUGGUUUCUUCAAGAAGGUAUAUUUAAAUACCUUUUUCAGUUCAUUAUAUAUCAUUUCCCAGAAGGCCUUAAUCCUUGGGCACGUCCACCAAAGGUGAAAGAAUGUACCUUCAGUUUCUUUACAUUUCCAGCAUUUAUUAUCGGGCAAAUGAUAGAUUUUUGCAAGCUUGACUGGGGUCAUGUACCACCUGUAUAACAUUUUCAUAAUAUUCUCUCUUAGGGCAUUACAUGCCGUAAACUUCAUACCUGUGGUCCAUAACUGUUCCCAGUCAGCAAACAUAAUAUUAUGUCCAACAUCUUGUGCCCAUUUAAUCAUAGCAGAUUUCACCGUUUCAUCCUGAGUAUUCCAUUUCAACAGCAAGUUAUACAUUCUUGACAGAUUCUUAGUUUUGGGUUCUAACAAUUCUGUUUCUAAUUUUGAUUUUUCCACCUGGAAGCCAAUUUUCUUAUCCAAAUUAUAUGCCUCCAUUAUCUGAUAAUAAUGAAGCCAAUCUCUCACUUUGUUUUUUAAUUUCUCAAAACUCUGCAAUUUCAAUUUGUCUCCUUCUUGUUCCAAAAUUUCCCAGUAUUUCGGCCAUUUGGCCUCCAUAUUGAGCCUUUUCAAAGCUUUCGCUUCCAUCGGUGACAACCACCUUGGGGUUUUAUUUUCCAAUAAAUCCUUAUAUCUUAUCCAAACAUUAAACAAUGCUUUCCUGACAAUGUGAUUUUUGAAUGCUUUAUGUGCUCUAACCUUAUCAUACCAUAAAUAUGCAUGCCAUCCAAAUACGUUGUUAAAACCUUCUAGAUCCAAAAUGUCUGUGUUUUCCAGAAGCAGCCAUUCUUUCAACCAGCAGAAAGCUGCUGAUUCAUAAUAAAGUUUAAAGUCUGGCAGGGUAAAUCCACCCCUUUCCUUUGCAUCAGUUAAUAUCUUAAAUUUUAUUCUGGGCUUCUUGCCCUGCCAGACAAAUCUAGAAAUAUCUCUCUGCCACUUCUUGAAAUUUCUUGAAACAGUCCAUCUUAUCCACAAUUUGCAAUGUUUGAAACAAAAACAACAUUCUAGGCAAUACAUUCAUUUUUAUCACAGCAAUACGACCCAACAUUGAUAGCUUCAAAUUUGACCAAAUUUCUAAGUCUUUUUUCACUUCCGUCCAACAUUUUUCAUAAUUAUCUUUAAAUAAAUUCCCAUUUUUGGCUGUCAUAUUAAUCCCCAGGUAUUUCACAUUCUUUACCACAGUCAAUCCUGUCUCAUUCUGAAACCUCUCUCUUUCAAUCGGUGUUAAAUUUUUCUCUAAAACCUUAGUUUUUAACUUGUUCAAUUUAAAUCCUGCCACUUGACCAAAUUCUUGAAUUAAUUCUAAAACCCUUUUAGUGCUAGAUUCUGGCUCCUGUAACGUCAAUACUAAGUCAUCUGCAAAUGCUCUCAAUUUGUACUGUUUAGCUCCAACUUGUAUACAUUUAACCAACUGGUCCCUUCUAAUCAUAUUCAGCAGAACCUCCAGGACCGAUAUAAAAAGCAGUGGGGAGAUUGGGCACCCCUGUCGUGUGCCUUUUUCUAUCUUAAAUUCUUCUGUCACCACAUUAUUUACAAUUAAUUUAGCCUUUUGUUCAGAAUAUAUUGCACCUAUACCAUUUUCAAAACCUUGGCCUACCCCCAUCCCCUGUAGGUUCUUCUUCAUAAAACUCCAAGAGAUAUUGUCAAAAGCUUUCUCCGCGUCCACAAAUAUAAAAACUGCUUUAGUGUUUAUAUUCACUUCUAAUUUUUCCAAAAUAUCAAUUAUAUUCCUCAAAUUAUCAGACAAAUGUCUUCCCGGGAAAAAGCCCGCUUGGUCUUACCUGGCAGGGGAGACACCUUGUUCAUGAAAACUUCUUAAUGUAUCUGACUACAUGUCUCUUUUAUGGCCUACUUUGCUUCUUCAUAUUCAGUUUCCAUGGUACACAGGAUCACCAGUUGAAUUAAGUGGAACAGGAAUUCUUUAUGCUCGAUAACCAUAAAACUUGUAGAGCAACUGGUAAGGGUGGCUUAACAAAUGCUUGCAUAAUUUGUCAGCUGUAUUUUUUAUUAGAUGGUAUAAUGGUAUGGGGUUGCUCGUGCGUAAGUUGCCGCCUCUCCUGGCUAUGUUGCCUUGUUAAACCUUUCUGUCUGGACAGCCCUUCAAUUCGUGGCUGCCUCAGUCGCUAGCAGAAUCCGUCAGUGGGCGUUUCUUAAACCUUUUCCAACAUAAAAGUUGUUUGACACCCAGUCUCCUCCUACUUUCUCUGCGCGGAAGUCUUCUGCGCAGGGAGGGCGUGGGUAGCGGAGGACCAGUGUCCCCGCUGGUGUCCGGUGAAGAGUCUGGGAGCCCUCUCGCCGAUUCCCCCAUCUGCCCCUCCUUAUUCCUGGUGUUGCACUGAAUUGCUUCCCCAUCUGCUGAGCUGCCUCUCUCCCUGCUGGGCCCUUCUCCAGCAUCAUUAGAGAGCCCUCCCUCCACCUCUAGCUCCGAUGUCAGUUCCCUGACAGAUGGUAUUGUCAGUUUGUCCCCUACCUUGUCAUAUUCCCCACCUUCACCUAAUGUUUUUUGUACUGAAAUCCAUUGAACUGAACAAUACUAGGUAGUACUUCAAUAAGCUUGUGACAACUCAUAUCACAUUCUCAGUAUAGGUUUGUGCGGUUGUAUUCUUUGUUUCUGAACAUGGUACAGGGUACUCAAUAUUCAUAUAACAAACAGAGUCAUGCUGUGUAUGUGUGUGUAGAUAGAUAGAUAGAUAGGUCAUUUGACUUCUACCCUUCAAAUACUUUUAGUUUAUGAGAUAUCUUUUUAAGAAGAGCAGUUUGUCAAACCCUAGAUUACCAGCAAUUCAAAUUAUUAAGGCUAAAGGUCUUCCAGGAUUUGGCAAUACAAUCCCUGGCUGUUGUUAAACAAUGAGAAAUAAGUUCUUUACUUUUCAAAUCCUGUUAUGUUUCCAUAAAAAGAUUCAAAACUGCCAGGUAGAAAGAUGGAAUAAUAGUUAGAAUAGAAUAGAAUUUAUUAAUUUCGGUCACAGACCAGUUGCAGCUCACAUUCAAUAUCAGGGAAGUCAUAAAACACGAUAGGGAUACAUUUGAAUUUGCAAUUGGGUAUAACAGGGGCAAUACAGUUAUAGCAGCAGUUAAAAAUAUGUAAGUUAAAUCUUAAUCACUAAAAUAUAACCUAAAUUUUUCAUUUAAGGCCUUAGUCAUUAUGGUAGCACAGCUUGUUCCCUAAGUUUUAUGGCAGUCGCACAGAAUUUGGCCACCUUUGGCGUGAUCUCUGGAAUCUUGUCCUCUACCAGGGAUUUUAGACAUUGAAGUUCGGACCCAUUUGGAGAUUUUUGUAUAUCAGGGGUGUUAAAUGCUGAGCGUAUAUCCCCAUAGAAACGACAGCAUAACAGAGACUGUUUCUACCUUCAUCAAGCCACAGGGGCAGACUCGUUCCACGUAUGGUUUACCCUUGAAUCCGCCCUGCAGUAAGGCAGAUGGCAGCACGUUGACUCUAGCAAGGGUAAGCGACUGCCUGUAUUUAGGUAUUUGUAAUUUUGACAGAUAUUUUGCUGAGGUGAACCCUCUCUCCCAUUGUCUUUUAUUGCUGGGUGUUUAUUCAUCUCACUCACGUGACACUGCAGUUCCACAUCCCAAAUUUGUUGGUGGAUUAUUGCUCUAGCUUUCUCAUAACCUACAGCUAUUGGGGCCUGUGGGGAAAACCCCAAGCCUCUUAGCUUUUCGUGCAGAAAUAAUAGUUUAUUUAAGUUAUCCAAGAGAUCUCAGUGAACACAAUCCAAAAUACAGCCAUCUUUGAGCAGUCCUGCCACAUGUGUUUAUACAUACCCACUACAUGGCAGCCCCUCCAACACUGUGAAGAUGCACCUGGAUACACAAAGGAGGGCUGUUGUGGAGUAAGGUACCAGCCACGUACAAACGUUAGAGAGAGGUCUUGAGUUUGACUUGACAAAGACUUGUAUGGGUUCAUGGCCUGCAGACCAUUCCACUACUCGUCUACCUGUAUGUCCCACCCUGACUUUUGACUCAGGCACCAAAGGAGGCGUUAAUAAGAAGUUCACCUUCAAGGUAGAGACCAGUGAAAAUUUUCAUAACUCUUUCUUCAGGACCACUGCCGACUGCAUGGGACUAGUUGCAAAAAUUAGCAUGUCGUGAGCGUAGAGCCCCAAAUCAGUAUAAAGCUCCAAUUUUGACUGCUAUAGUUCCCUCAAGCAUAUGGCUAGUGGUUUCACAGCUAAAGGAAACAGUGGGAGCUGGGGACAGCCUUGCCUUGUCGACUUUGUGAUAAUUUCGCUGUAUUCAUCAAAGAAUAGCAGGUUACCUACCUAACAAUAGUUGCAAGGUCACACUUGUCCUUGAAACAUGUGGUGUGUUGUGCCGGUGCCAUCUCAAUGUUAGAAGAUUUUAUUUACCUAUUUAUUUGCUUGUUCUGUAUUGUGAGUGCUUCUUAAUUUGGUGGAAUUGCAUGCCUCAUUUAUUUUAAAAUUUUAAAAUAAUUACCACCUAUGUAAAGCAAAGUUCCCUGACACUUUUAGGCCCAGCGGAACCUUUUGAAAUUCAAGUAACUCUAGUGAGCACUACAAAACACACAUUUUAUAGCAGAAAACCAACAACAACUGGUGAUGCUCAGAAACACACACCCCCCCCAAAAAAAACAGGUAACACACACACACACCAAAAAAACAAAUAGAUAAAAAAAGUAGGCAACCCAUCUCCCCAGCAAAAAUAAUAAUAUGAAUUAAGUAAAUAUAAAAAAUGGGUGAUGAGCCUUGGUGGGUGGGUGAAGGUGACAUAAUGACCACAAGCACCAGCUUUGGGAUUUCAAACUUAUGACAACAAUAACCUAAAAGCUAGUGCAUGGUAUUCUUGACAAAGGCCUAUACUGCCAUUGUGACCAGACAGUAUUUGAAUGCACUUCAUUACCCACUAAUAAAACAUACAAGGAUGAAAGGGUUUUGUGUAUGUUCAUCUUGCAACACAAUGCAUUACAACAUUACCAGCCAUACUAGUUAAUUUGCAGAUGGCAUCUGUAGCAUUUGCUCAUUUAUUACAAUGCAUGUACAUAGUUUAUAUGCUCUGGUAACCUCAAGGUUGGAGACUCCUUUGGUGCACUCUGUCGGGAAAGUGUUUGGAAACUCAGCACAGUGGCAAGGCUAUUAAACUGGUAUCUGCUCAGGAGCUUAUACAACUUGGGUUAUUUGGUUAGACAACCAGUACUUUCUACUAGCCUGGUGUCAGGUUUCACCAUAAUAUAGUGGUACCUUGGGUUAAGUACUUAAUUCCUUCUGGAGGUCCGUACUUAACCUGAAACUGUUCUUAACCUGAAGCACUACUUUAGCCAAUGGGGCCUCCCGCUGCCGCCGUGCCGCUGGAGCAUGAUUUCUGUUCUCAUUCUGAAGCAAAGUUCUUAACCUGAAGCACUGUUUCUGGGUUAGUGGAGUAUGUAACCUGAAGCGUGUGUAACCCAAGGUACCACUGUACUGCCUUGGACUUCUUUAUGAGCACCCACUGCUUGCAGCAUUCUGCUUACUGACCAAGUUUCUAUAAUGCCACCCUGGCCAGGGAGAAAAGGCCAUCAAGAUGUAUCAAAGGCUUCUUCCAAACCUAGAGCCAGAAAGGAGAUGAACCCUACUCCAUCUUCAUCUCUGUGAUCAUAGAGUUGGAAGAUGCCACGAGGGAAUGCAAGAAUCUUUUACCCAAUGUGGAGCUCAAACCUAUGACCCUGGGAUUAAGAGUCUCAUGCUGUACCAACUGAGCUAUCCAACUGAAGCCUGGAUUGGUCUUGGCUCUGUGCUUAUUAACAGCCAUAACAGUGUCUGUCUCGGAUCUCAAGCUUCAGAGAUAGAUGGAGGAGGCAAGGCAUUCGCUGACUUGAUCUGGCAUGUGCUCCACACCCGAAAUGCCCACUGGACACAGAGACAAGACAAUAAGGCAGUGCACCUCCCCCUUCCAUUUCAAAGGGAAAAGGGAAGAGGUGUGUGGAUUUCCCCCCCCCCCCCCGAGUCUCACAGGUGCUCCUAGAUUUGAGUGUCCAGGAAUGUAGGGGCAGAAGAAACGGAUGUCUCUCUACUUCUCCCUUCUAAGUUAAGGUGGAGGUGUGUGGAUUUGGUCCACCUCUGCACCCAAGCAUUCUCAUGUUGGAGUUCCCUUGACUGCAGAGGCAGAGAAAGCAUCUGUUCUCCACCCUGCUACAGCUUUUGAAAUGUUAUGGGGUGGGAGCUUUUUUCUGACCCACUCCCCUUUCUAGCCCCAAGCCUAGGGCCUAAGAAAAGACCAGGAGAACAUCCUCUCAUCUCUUGUGUUUCAGAGUUGUAGUACAAGAUCAGGAACAAGCCUGGGGGUGGGAGGAGCCAUCCUGGCCAUGACAAAUUUUUGGUUGGCAAGUGUGGUCAGCAAAAAUGUGUUGACCCUGUGAUGAAGCAAAAAAUGUGAAGUACAGAAAGUCUACCCAAUUGUAGAUACCAAGCAAAGAAUAGACAUCUCUACUCAUUGAAUUUAUGGCUACUAGUCGAUAUUUAUAAACUGCUUCCCAACAUGUUUCCGAAGUGGUGCAUAUUCACUUCUGAAACUCCUACUGAAUAUAGUAGGGCUUGUUAGUGAAACUUGUGCUGGUUAUGGGAGAGGAGUCAGAAAAUAGCAGUGAAAACUCCUUGAUUGCACAUCCAGAGUUAAAGUUACAUCACCCGUUAACAAGCAGCACUCAGUAUAUUAUUAGGGACAUAUAGAAAGCACAAAACAUAAUGCAAGUGCCCUGACAGCUCCAUCUCACGGCCCAACAUCCAAGCAGCACACUCAAUUUCAUUGGUGCACAGCUCCCAUGUUAUGGGAUGGUACCACUAAAUGGCAUAGAAAUACAUUUGCCCCGAUUGAGGUGAUACGCCAAAACGUAUAUUGUAUUGUUGUGUGUAUUGCAUUUUCUGACCCAUUUUUGUAUUUUCAGCAUUAUUUUGAAACUUGGCUUCGAGUUUUCAGAGUGCUGCCCUUCUCUUUUAUUUUGAGCUUUACUUGCCUUUGAAUUAUAUGGGCACUGGAUGUCAGAAUGUCUGAAGGAGUACCACUUAAUGUGUAUACCGCCACCGCCCCCAGCGUUGGGGUCUGGCAGCUUGAGGUUUUCUGUAGAUGCUCAGAAUUGGGCCCGAACCAUUUCCUUACUUGCAACUUCCCUUUGAAACUCCUUUUUGAAAUAGGAAUGUCUUCCAGGAGAAAGGUUAAGUCUUUUUUGUUUUUGUUUCUUAUAAAAAAUAUUAUAUAGAUUGAUGCUGGUGCUGAUUUUAUUUAUCUAUUUUGUUAGUUUUGUUCAAUUGAACUUUAAAUGUUUUGUGGGUUGGGUUGUGGAAAAACAGAAUAAAAAGAUCUGUCUUGUGCUUCUGUAACCAUCUAUAGGUUAGCUUCCUCAUUUGGUUUUAUGUCGGUUUAACGUCCUAUUUGUGUCUUUAGUCAGCUGAUUACAUGUUAUGUGACUACAUCAGUCUCUGUCCCAUGGCUUUUUCCAGAACCCAUGAAUGUGGUUUCUGUCAACAACAGUAUUCCUGUGUUGUGUUCAUUUGUAUGUCUUGAACCCUUUUAGGAGCCUCUGCUUUGUUUUGUUUUGCUUUGCUUUGCUUUUUUUUUCUUAAACCCUAAUUUGUGUAGUUCUAGGAUCCUAUAGCAAAUAAAUAGGGUGACAUUGCCAACAAAUACAGUAAAUGAUCACCCUCAUGUCAUUCUAAAGUUUGUGUAGAAUGGGGCCAAGAUGCAUAAUGCAGCCUGUUCACAAGACAUGCUGUUUGAUCACACUCUGCCGACCCAUUCAAAGGUGAGAGCAGGAUACUGAGAAACGUGUGCUCUUUCAAUCAGUGUUGUAGGUUUUCCAUGAAAAAACGUUGCAUUUCAGAAUAUUAUUUUCAGUCACUGACAUGUUUACAUGAUGGAUUUCAACCGUAUUGAGUAAUGCAAGUAUGCCACAUGGUUGAUUAAACAUCUCAAUAUCUAAAACCAGCUGAACUACUAACAUGAUUUAAUUAACGAAUUGCCAUUUGCUCCAAUUGAGGGCUAAAGAGCAGUUUUCACUGAGAAAAAAGCAGCAAGACUAAGAGGAAGUGUGGAUAAGCCCUGUGUGGGAGCACAUAUAGUAGAAAACUUUCUGCUACACAUCAUCCUUUGGACCUUUCUAGGACAGUAAAACACUUUUCCAUGACCAUACAGAAUAUCCAGAUAGCAUGCAAACUUUUUUCUAGUCCCUUUUCUAGUUAAUGCACACAUACACUUCUUUCAAGACUUUCCCUAGACCUGGAUUAUGUUAAACAUAGUCAGAAAACAAAUAAAAGAUACGAGUAUGUGUACAACUGAAAUCGCCACCCAAGUCUAUUUAAAGUUUGUCAACAUGCAUGGGCUAAACUAUCUCUACAGUGCUGGUCCAUGAAUGUAUUGCCUCUGCGUUCAUAACUUUUUAAAAAAAAAAAUGAGUGCAAGUCUCUAAUCGUGUUUUUUUUAUAUGUCUUUGAAUUAAAACAUGUCUCUGUUUCACAUCAGGCCUGCAUAUAUUAUCAUAUAAAGAUAGGCGUAGUGGAUGUAUGUUAAUAGCCCAGCAAAUUUAAAAACGCCUCCCAAGUACUGUGGUACCUCGGGUUACAGACACUUCAGGUUACAGACUCUGCUAACCCAGAAAUAGUACCUUGAGUUAAGAACUUUGCUUCAGGAUGAGAACAGAAAUCAUGCAGUGGCAGCGGGAGGGCCCAUUAGCUAAAGUGGUACCUCAGGUUAAGAACAGUUUCAGGUUAAGAACGGACCUCCAGAACAAAUUAAGUUCUUAACCUGAGGUACCACUAUAUGUACACCUGACCAACACUCCUGCAUUUCUCUGUGGAAAUGUGUGAUCAGGGUUGAUUUAACAAUGAACAGUGCUGCAUGAUGGGCCAAAGCUAGUAGAAUCUUUUCUGAGCAAACUUCAAGCGUACAUUUCAUCUGAAGCAAGUGCAGUGUUCCGUCUUUCUGAAGGGUUAAUGUAUCCACUAGCAGCUACUAUUUAAUAUUACUAUUAUUUAUUAAAUUUGCAUACGGCCCAUCAUCUAUAGUAGCUCUCAGGGCGGUUCGCAACAAGCCACUAGGCCUGUUACUAUGGGAACAGGCGGGCCUUCCUAUUUACCCCUCAGGGACUCCUCACAGUUUAUCACAGGCUUUUGUAGGUUUCCCACCAAAAAAAAGGGUGCUGUGAAUUUGACGUCUCGCCUCCCAAGAGACAGUUCUUCUAACACCGCUCAGAAGAUGAAGGGAGCCUUAAGCGUCCCUUUAUAUUGUGUAUAGAACUAAUUUAUUUUUUUAAAAGGCUGAAGGGGUGAGAAGAUUCAAAAGAGCCUUCCCCCCCCCUUGCCAUCGCCUUUCCUUUAAAUGAGCCAUUUUUAGUGAGGGUCCUUCGUUUCUAAUGAAGGAGCUUCUUUGAAUCCUGGAAGAGCUUGGAGGAAAGGCUGUGAAGGAGGAAAGGCGAAGGUGAAGAAGAGAGCCCGAAGGCGCCAGUUCCUUCAAGAAACACAUUUCUCGAUGGGGUUGAGAGGACUGGAGAAAUGGAUGGGCCGUCUCCCCAGGGAGACAUGGAGGGAGAUCAUGGCCUACGUGGAAGGAGGGCCCACGCCUUCGCGGCAGGGAGGAGAACGCCAAGAGGCGCCCAGGCGGCACGGGGCAGAGCUGGUGAUCAACGUUUUGAAAGAGAAGAGCGGGCCGAGCUCGCCGAGGAGAGGCGACGAAAAGGAGCAGCCCCGAGACGGGGGAGAGGGGCGAGCCAACGGCCAGAGCGGAAUAGCAUUGUCUUUGGAGGGAUCCGCGGAGGUAACCCGUGGUCCCAAAGGGUUUUAACGGGGGCCUUCUCAACGUGCCACGUUAAUGGCUUCCGUGGUGCCCAGAAUAAUGUUCCCAUCGCACGCCGUCCUGUUUGCAGGCUUUCCUUCAUCAUCCUGUGAGGACAGGAUGCUGGGCUAGGUGGGCCUUGGGCCGGAUCCAGCCAGGCUCUCUUCACGUUCUUAAUGCGCCAUUUGGGGGCACCAAAUCUGGAGAGUAGUAUGGGGAGAGUGCCUUUCAGCGCCUUGACAGCUAAAUUACACGGUGCUGCAGGGCACUGUCUCCCUCCGCCCCCCCCCCCCCCAGUGCUAUCUAAUAUCUAUAUGAAACCUCUGGGAGUGAUCAUUGGGAUCAUUGCCAUGGGUAUGCUAUGUCUCCUUAGCGUCUUAAUUGAGAAAGGUUGCAUGGCCCCUGGGGCAUUGCUUGGAGGCAGUGGUGAUAUGGAUGAAGAAGAACAUGGUGAGCUUAAAUCCUGGCAGAACAGAGGCACUGUGGAUGAGCAGUUCCCACAUCAAAUAAAUUGGUCAAUUGCUUGCUCUGGGCGGGGCUGCACUGCUCCUUGAAGGAGCAGGUUUGCAGUCUGGCAAGUGCUCUGUCACUGGAGGUGCAGGUAGUUUCUGUAGCUAGGAGUGCCUUUUACCAACUGCAGUUGGUAUGGCAAAUACAACCAUUCCUGGACCAGCAAAGUCUCACCGUAGUAGUUUAUGCAUUUGUUAUUUCAAGAACGGAAUAGUGGAAUGUGCUUUAUGUGGCACCUGAUCCGGAAGCUGCCGUUCAGUCAGAUUGUUGCAGUGUGAUUGCUGACAAAAGUGAGGCUUUGUCAGCAUAUAACACCUGCGCUCAGAGAUAUGCACUGGUUGCCAAUUUGCUGGCUGGGCCAGGUUCAAGUGUGUUAGUAUUUUUAAAGCCCUUAUCAACUUGGGGCCAGUUUCUUUAUCAGAUUGCCUUACCCCAUAUAUGCCCACUUUGACAGCUUUGAUCUGUAGAACUGGCCCCGUUAAAGGUGCCACAUAAUACCUGUUGCACAUUUGUAAGAAAUUGAUAUUUAGUUGUGGCAGCACCUACUCUCCGGAACUCCCUUCCUAUUGACACCAGGCAGGUGCCUUCUAGAAAUGCUUUUAUUUAGACAAGCCUACCCAGACAUGUAGGGAUGUGGGUGACGCUGUGGGUUAAACCACAGAGCCUAGGACUUGCUGAUCAGAAGGUUGGUGGUUCGAAUCCCCGUGCAGGGGUGAGCUCCCGUUGCUCGGUCCCUGCUCCUGCCAACCUAGCAGUUCAAAAGCACCUCAAAGUGCAAGUAGAUAAAUAGCUACCGCUCCUGCAGGAAGGUAAACGGCGUUUCCGUGCUCUGCUCUGGUUCGCCAGAAGCGGCUUAGUCAUGCUGGCCACAUGACCCGGAAGCUGUAAGCCAGCUCCCUUGGCCAAUAAAGCGAGAUGAGCGCCACAACCCCAGAGUCGGCCACGACUGGACCUAAUGGUCAGGGGUCCCUUUACCUUUACUUUACCCAGACAUGUAGCAUGUUGAUGUAUGCUUUACUCCAGGCAUCCCCAACCUGCUGCCCUCCAGAUGUUUUGGCCUACAACUCCCAUGAUCCCUAGCGAACAGGACCAGUGGUCAGGGGUGAUGGGAAUUGUAGUCCAAAACAUCUGGAGGGCUGAAGGUUGGAGAUGCCUGCUUUAAUCUGUUUAUCAUUUAUUGCUGGUUCUAAUUUUUUCCCCGAUGUUUUAAAGAGUUUGUUUCUAUUGAUACUUUUGUUGUUUUAUUCUCUUUGUCAACUGCUUUGAGGUUUUGGAGCUUUAUUUUACAAUCAAGCAGUGUAUAAACUUUAUGAAAUAAAUAAAAUAGCACAUGUUCCUGGGCAUCAGGGAAUAAAAUGCAACACUUAAAUACAAGGCAGAAAUUAAAAGCAUCAACAAGAGCAAUAAAAUGCAGCAUAAAACACCAUUUUUGGGCAGAUAGAAAUACAAUUGGUAGCCCAAUAAAAUAAAACCAAAAGUGAAUGUUAUAGAACAAUUUUAUUUUAAAGUUGGCUGUUUUUAAAAAAAGAUAUCUGCCUGGCACUGAAAAGAUAACAAAAGGGCAUUAGGCAAGCCUCUUGGGAGACGCUCUUUUCAUGGCUAGUAUUGCCAGCACCGAGAGGACUUUUUCAUCUUUCGCUGUUACUCCCCUUGGCAUGGCAACUGUAUGUUGAGAAACGUGCCUGUUGCAGCAAACACUGGUAAUACCUGUGUAACCUUAGUAAACCCAAUUACAUUAAGGAAGUGCCUCAGGGCAGUUCAAUGAUUUUUUGUGUUCUAUAUAAUGGAAGAAUCUUCAAAGCACAGUACUAGGGUGAGGGAUACUUGGCCUCCAAGGGAAGGAAAAAAUGCAUAAUAAGGAAUUUGAAUAUGAAGAAAGCAGAGAGUACAAUAGUACAAUGUACAAUGCAGAGUACAAUAGGCAAAAAGUAAGACAAAUGGAAGGUCCCCUUGAAAAAAAGGAGACAUUCACCCAGUGAGAUCAUGUCAUAAUCAAUGCCCACUUAAUUAUUAUUAUUAUUUAUUUAUUUCUAAACCACCUAUCUGGCUGGGUUUCCCCAGGCACUCUGGGCAGCUCCCAGCAGAAUAUUAAAAACACAAUAAAGCAUCAAACAUUAAAACCUCCCUAAACAGGGCUGCCUUCAGGUGUCUUCUAAAAGUCAGAUAGUUGUUUAUUUCCUUAGCAUCUGAUGGGAGGGUGUUCCACAGGACGGGUGCCACUACCGAGAAGGCCCUCUGCCUGGUUCCCUGUAGCUUCACUUCUUACAGUGAGGGAACUGCCAGAAGGUCCUUGGAGCUGGACUUCAGUGUCCAGGCUGAACCAUGGGGGUGAAGAUGCUCCUUCAGGUAUACUAGGUAUAUUCCUUCAGGUAUAUUCCAGCCUUGAUACAACUUUGCUAAUAUGGUACAUUUCUAUGACUAGGGGAUAUUGUAUUUAUAUAUUUUGAAAUGGAAACUAAACCGCUCUUCGCUUGUAAUCUUUCUGAUUAGGAUCAAAACAUGAUAUUUAUUUAUAGAUGGUGAGGGUUCGAUCUUUCAUGACCUAAACCAGACAAUUGCAAAGUACAUGUUGGCACUUCCAGUUGAAGGCAAAGUAAGGUGACUCCCUCUGUGUGGGGCUGGGGCAACACCUGAACCUUUCUGGGGCCCUGUUCUGGCCUGCUGCUUCAGAUUCAGUGAAGGACACUAUCCUGUCACCAGUGUUCAGCCCAGCGCGUUUUUGUGCACCGUGUUGUCAUUUAGCUUUGAGCAGUGAAAACAGGAUGGACCAGGUGGGUUAUUAGCCUGAUCCAGUACAUUUCUCCUUAGACUCUAUUUAGAUACCAGGUAUUGUUAGAUACCAGGUAUUGUUUCAAAAUACUAAAUUGAACACAGAAACUCCUGGCAUGCAGGGCUGGCCCAAAGCAUUCUCACAGUGACUAACUAGGUGCUGAUGGGAAGCACCAACGCAUGAGUUCAACAAGGUUAACAUACACAAGACAUAUAUAUGCAGCUAUGUUCUUGUUUCUUCAUGUUCUUUAUUCUUCUUGUUCCUGGUAUCUCUUUCGGGCAUCUAGUUCUCAACUUUCAUGGUGCUAAAUGAAAAAACCCGCUGGUCCAAGUUGCAGGCUGUCAAACUUAGCUCUUGCUUAAGAAUUGUCGGGAAAACAUUUUUGUGCAGAUCAGCUUAUCUAAAUUCAGAGUCUCCCUUUUAUCAUGGUGAAGCUAAAUUAAAAGUCCAUUCCAUCUUAUUGUCAGUAAGUGGUAUCUUGCUGUUCCUAAACAUCAGGCGGCAAUGCCGUACUUUUCUCUAAUGUUGGAAAGAUUUCAAUAUCUGGAUACCUGGGUCUAUUUUUUGGUAUACAAGGGGGCAGCAUCCAUCAAUGUACGGUAUAUGAAAAAAGGACACCACCAGGACUAUUGGUGUAUUUGGGCCAAGCCUAGCGUACUCCUUCAAGAGAGAGUGUUUCAACCCAUCUUGAUAGAUACCGUAUUUUUCGCCCUAUAGGACACACUUUUUCCCCUCCAAAAUUGAAGGGGAAAUCUGUGUGCGUCCUAUGGGGCGAAUGCAGGCUUUCGCUGAAGCUUGGAGAGCAAGAGGAGUCGGUGCGCACCAACCCCUCUCGCUCUCCAGGCUUCAGGAAGCUAUCAGCAAGCCUGGGGAGCCUGCGGGAGUUCCCGCAGGGCUCCCUAGGCUGCGGAUAGCAGCCUGCUGCACGGAGCGCGGGGCGCACUGAAGCAGAGCACUCCGCGCUUCAGGCAGACAUCCGCAGCCUCCUGCCCAGAGCGCGGGCCGCGCUGAAGCAGUGCUCCCCGCGCUUCGGGCAGAUAUCCUUUUCUCCUCUAAAAACUACGGUAGGUGCGUUUUUAAAAGCCCGUCUUCCCCCGCGGCUGGGGGUGGGGAAUAAUUUUUUUUUCUUUAUUUCCCCCCCCCAAAAAAAAAACCUAGGUGCGUCCUAUGGGCCGGUGCAUCCUAUAGGGCGAAAAAUACGGUAAUCUGAAGCAUUUGUUUUGUUAUGCCAUCAAUAAUUUCAUGUAUGGCCUAAUGAUCUAACAAGUGAUUUCCUGGGAAGAACAGUGAAAGGAGAAAAGCAUUGUGAUGUAGGAAUUCAUUGAGAAAGACAAUGACAUGAAAGUGGAUGCCAAAUGGAUGGGUGCAUGGUGAUUUUGAAUCUGUAAAAGCUGGGUUUUUUACUAGACAAAGCUUGUGCAAUUUGUGAUUAGGGUUGCCAGAUUCUGAGUUCAAAAAUUCCAGGUUUUAUCCCCAGGGUAUCUCGAGACUUGACUAGUGAAGGUGGGACUAAUAGCACAAACUUUUAAUUUUGUGCUUGGUCUAGUUUUUGAAAUUGAAUUCUGAUGGACAAGUUGGGCCAGCAACAAAUGGUUGUAGUGUUUGGAAUGCUCCUAUUCAGAAUUCCUUCUUGCGAUCUCUGCUCUUUUCCUCAGUAUUCUAUACCACUUAUUACUUCGCUUCCUCAGUUUUCUAUUUCCUUCCUUCUUCCCCAAUAGAUGGUCAAUAUUUUGAAACUAUUGACCAUGUUUAGUCUUCCUUGUGUUGUUUUGGGGUAUCCCCCUGCAUUGGGUUUUUUUCACCCUAAAGAAGUUUGUACCUCUGUAAACAUUUGGGUUCCCCCCACCUUCCCUCUUGUGCAUGGAUGGUGCAGUUUUGGCUACAUAAGGAUCCACACUCAGAAGUGAGUUUUCUGUUAAUAUAAAAGACAGAGGGACAUGCAGGGAGGUGAGCAUUAGAUUCAAGCAAAUACGGUACUUCAGAGUAAUAAAACAUAGGUAAGAAUUGUGUUGCAUAACAGGCACUUUUGCAUCAAAAUCCAAAAUGACUUUUCAGAGACUUGUUCUAACAAGAGCCGUGAAAAGCGCGAAUCUAUUCUUCCAAAUAAGACACUUGUAUGACAUUUUUAAAUUUGUCACGGCCAUCUGUCAACAAGUAAUAAAGUUUACUUUUACAGGCUUGAAUAUUGAGAAACGUACUAAAUAAUCUGGCAAAAGUAAUUGCAAAAUGUAAUAGGAAUAGAAACUUGUGUUUGAAAGCAUCCAUUUGUCUUUUAUAGCUAUGUGGCCAAGUCUUAUAAGUUGCAAAAAAAAAGGAAAAGGAAAAAAAGAGGUUUAUAGCUCCUUUUCUGGUCAAAAGCCUUGAACUUAAAUAAAGGGGCCUAAAUAUGCCUAAAAUAGAGUCAAGCUUGAAAGCUGACCACCAGGAGGCCCUGUACCAAAGACUAUUUUGUUGCAUACUGGGCCCUCUAGUUUACUGAUAAUCUCAAGUUUUUGCAAGAAGGUGCUUAAUUAGGGGAUUGAUACAAUCAUAUCCAGCCAAAUAAUUCCAUGUGCAUGUAUAAUAAUGGUUCAUUUUUAAAUGAUACUGGAACAGAGUAGACCAAGAGCAAAUUAAUAAAUUGCCAGUGUUUCCUUCACUGAAUUGAAGGUGCUGGCCUGUUGUAUUUUUUCAGGAAGGCAAGUUGCUGACUUGGGGUUAUACAAAUUCUCUUACAAGGGAGAGAAAGGCAUGUAGAGUUUUGCUGCUUUCAGGUUGUUCCAUAAGCAUUUUUAGGGUUUCUGGUUAACUUUGGAAGAGAACAAAACUAGAGAAGAAUCCUACACUGGCCAGUGAUUUCAUCUUGUCUUGGCCGCUGGCUGCUCUUCAGGGAGAUGGGUGUGUGUGACCUGCAACCGUUUGUAAAAAUGUGGAGGAAUCUAAAUCUUCCUGAACAAACCUCAGAGCCCUCACAAUUAAUUUGCCCAUUGCUUCAUGUGGAAAGUUUUAAACAGCACGUAAAUCAUUUUAGUCUAAUACUGAAACAAUACUAGAAAAUGCUUACUCCAGAAGGAUUUGUGUAAUGUUGAAGAUAUAUGUUAAUUUCAUAAACUUGUUUAUGAAACUUGUUAAUUUCAUAAACUUGUUUAUGGGCUCAUUUGCCCAAUGGGCAAGUCUAAAAAUAGCCAAGCUCAUUUUAAUGUAUGUUGAACACAAUUACUUACCUUGAAGAUCAACCACUAAAGACCUCUUAAGGUUCACCUGAAGAGACCCCUUGUUCUUACAAACUUGGUGCUAAUAUGCAGCUUGGGGGAAUAUGUAAUCUACCUGGUUAAGCAAGAUUCCUGCCACACCUGUAGUUAUUACUUUUCAUUGGAGUUCUUCUAUAAAUUAGUUUUUGUCCUAAGCUACAUGGCAUUAUUUAUAAAUUACCCAUGUUGCUCAAAAAGAGAAUGCACUCAACAAAACACUCUCACCCCACAUAUAUAGCCUUUCUGGCAAAGUGCAUUUAUGGAAAUAAGCUAUCUGACAGGUCAACAGGUGGAAUGUACCCUAAGUUUGGGGCUGCUAACCAAUUUCAGAGAAAAGCAACAAAGAAUUAACCACUUUUCUCUGUUGGCAGUACACAUAUUAGUAGCACAUAACUGGAAAGGAUUGGAACAUUUGCAGAUAUCUCACUGGAAACAGAAUGUGUGGACAGUUGCUAUAUCAGGGGUGGAAACAAAGACUGCAAGCACUGAACAGUACAAGAGACACAGAUGAUGUUAUUGAAAUUUGGCAUCCUCUUUUAAAAUAUUCCAUUGAUAAUCCUGAAGAAUGGCAUCCACCCAAAUCACAAACUGGACUUUGCCAAAACUUAAUGGACUGAUUUACCCUGAGGGAAGGAGUGGGGUAGAUUGGGAUGGGGGAAUUCUUUGGAAUUGUUUUUAUACACUGAAAAUCAAUAAAACCUAUUGUAAAAAACAGAAAAGAGUGCAGUUGUGUAUUUAUCUGCAUUAAUUUACAUAAAUUUUAGAUUAUUGGUAGUCGCACUAAUAAUGCAUAAAUAUUAAGCAGUACUUAUUAAUAUUUAUCAUUACUAUUGCGAGUUGUUCAUGGAAGUUGGUCAUUUCAGUACCAAAUGCUGUUGCUCAAGGUACAAAUGGUGGUUGUAAGCAUGUGUUUCCAAAUACUGGAAUACUGUGACAGCUCUGCUCUGCAGUUUGAUAUGAAGAGGAAGAAUGUUCCCAAGCUGCAGUCGUUGGUCAUUGGAUGCCAGUGUCAAUGAACCAUUUCCUUGGGCUGAUGUAUUAAAUCCUGCCUUCAUUCAUAAUCAUGAAGCAGUACAAUAAUAAUGCUUCAAGGUAGAUCUGAUUUCUGAGAUUACAACAUGCUAAUAAUUAUUUCCGAAAGCUUUAGAAUCCUCAUUCUCCCACCCCUUCCCCUUUUGCGCUUAUCUCCUUUGUGUAAAUGUUAGCUAAAGGCAAUACUGCUCUCCUGUGUCCAUUAGGCUUUUUCUCACAUUAUAUCUAUCAACAUAAAUAGUAAUGCUAGCUGUUUUCCUGGCUAAUUAUUAUGAAAAUGUGCUUGAAUUUCUCUUCACAUUUGAUACUGAGGCAGGCCAGUGGUGCAUCCAACUCAGGGCUCAUCUAGACUUCCUUUUGCAUUGGGAUUUCCAGAUAAGUGUCCAGGCGGUUCUUUUUUUAUAUAUCCUGUCAAUUUCCCCAGAAAACCUGGUGUUUAAUGCUGAAUCAGUACAAAUCACAAUCUGCAGAAAACUUGUUUGGCAUUUAUUCCAAUUCAGCAGUAAACAGUGGGUUUUCGUUGAGGAAAGCAGUGGGACUUGUUCCUGGAAAGCACACAAGUCUUGAUGAGACCUCAGCAUUGCCUCUCUGAUAUAACGGGCAGUAGCUAUUCAGAGUUGGAUGCAGGGCUUUCUCAGCACUGUUUUGAGAUGCUGGGAAUCAGACCUGGGACCCCUCUGCGUGUUAAGCAGAUGCUCUACCACUGAACUUUGGCCUAUCCAUGAUUAACAUAUUUGCAUAUUCAUAGACCCUUUGUAUUUGGGGGGAAAGACAAUGCUGAUAGAAGGCAAAGGAAGAGUGGGGCAGAGAGGGAGAGAGCAAUAUAGAGUAAAGUUUCACCAGAUUCCAUACAGUAAAUAAAGGCACAUGAACUAGAAUAUUUGUUUUCACUGAGAUGGAGCAACUCCUAAGGAACCCACUCCAGGAUGAGUCAGUAAAUGUUUAGAACAGUGUGCUCUUUCCUACAGACAUGCUAUUUUAAACCAACAGAAUCAGAUUGAUAGAUUGUUCCUCCUGAUUCAGACUGCAAGCGCAAAUGAAGAGGCAAGCAUCAAGUUGGUUCUAGGAAGCAGUAAUUUUGUUCCAUGCAUUUCCAUCCGUGUUUUUUGGUACAGCAAAAAUGGCUCACUCAAGAAGUAUACCAACACGCUCAGUCCCAUCUAAGUAUCUACUUAUAUUCCAGCCAAGACUCUUAAUUUCAAAUGGAGGGCAGGCAUAGUUAGACACAGGACAACCAGUGAUGUGGCUGAGACUCAGACAAUUGAUGUAUUACUGUGUUUAGAGCAAGAUUUGUUUAAGGAACGCUGUAGUUUUAUGCCCAAGUGAAAUAAUUAUUGCUAUAACUUGCUUUAUUUCCAUUUUCAGGAAAAUGGCAUCUCAAACGGAGGCAUCUACAAACGAACAUUUAAUGAGUCCUUUGAACAAGCACCAAUGUAUGUGUCUAUCCUUACGUAUGCGGGUUUUGUCGUAGCAACGUCAUUUGGCUACCUGCGAGAUUUCUUGAGAGCUUGUGGACUCCAAAAAACUAUUGUUGCUGUAGAGCGGGAAGAACAAAAGGUAUAUAGAAUCAAAAACUGGUGAAUGCUCUGAUUCCUUCCCAAGCAGGAAGGGAAUGUCCAGAACAGGGUGGUAGGUGGAGGAUUCGACUGUCACUUGCCCUUUGGAUCUCAGGUUCCCAUACUGCUUUCCAUCCAUCCCCCGACAUAGGAUGUCUCAAGACACAUCUGUGGCAGAAGUCUGCAUGUGUCAGGCCACAGUUGGAGAGAGAUCCCUUACUGACAGUACUGUUUUAGAUGCCUGCCUUUUUCAUUUUGGAAUUUUUAUCUAAAAUAUCAAAGUCAUCUGACUAGUGUACUAAAUAAUGUGGAGCAAGAUAUAAAUGGGUGCAGCCUGCUCUCCACCUUCCCCUGCAAAACAACAACAACCUUAAUAAUAUUUCAGAUUUAGCACGUGUGAUGUGAAUAUAAUGCUUUUUUCUUUAAAAUAAAAUCUUCCUUAAAUUGGAUCUUAUGAAGGAUACAGGUGUGUGCUUGCAAGUUUCCAUAAGAAUCAGGUGGCACCAAAGUGAAAUAUGUUCUUGCACUGGUCGAUAAUUCUGGUUAGGUUCAUUCAGAGGUGUUUCGAAUCUGGGGGAUGGGGAACGAUACCUUGGCCUCUGCCAAGUGAGCGCAGACAGUACUGAGUUGGAUGAACCAGUGUCCUGAGUCUAUAUAAAAGCAGCUACUGAUGUUCCUCUUACAGGUAGGUAGCCGUGUCGGUCUGCCAUAGUCAAAACAAAAUAAAAAAAAUCCUUCCAGUAGCACCUUAAGGACCAACUAAGUUUGCUAUUGGUAUGAACUUUUGUGUGCAUGCACACUUCUCAAGAUACCAAUGAUGUUCCUCUGUGAUAGGAAAAAACUCUGGCAAAGGUCCUGGAGAGCUGCUUCCAGUUAGAAUAAAUAAUACUUGCUGACUUGGACAAAUAGUCUGAUCUGGUAUAUGCAACUUUUUUCCAGUAUCCAUUCUGCAUUCUGCAAAUUGAGCUAAUUUGCAUCUAUCAAGUUCUAGGGAAAAGGCUGUUCAGACAUAGACAUAAAUAAAUAUGAAUGAUCAGAUUUGUCUUUUGAGUGCCACCCUGUGAAUGCAUAUUCAUAGCUACAUGACUUGCAGAUGGAUGGUCUCACAUGCAGUUUUCAAGAGGUUCUGAAUCUCUCAGCAAAUAACUUUUUGAGAGAUAGGGAUAGUUGACACAUUCUACAAGAAUCUCUCCUCUCACCAUGAUGAAAAUGUAGGUGUGAACCAGUCCUGGAGAUGUGUCUGAAAAGCAUAGGGUGUAUUCCUAUUAUGCAUGUGCUCUUUUCUCUUCUUACCCUUCCUACGCUCACUGACCUCAACCUGAGAAACUGUGUUGUCACCUCCAGUUACAGAUAGUAAGGAUGAUCUCUUCUAAAAGACGGCAGAGCAUGUUGCAUUUUCUUCUGUUUAUGUAAGAAAAAUGCAACUUAGCAUCACUGUCUGAAGCAUUAUGUUUUUCUUUUUGCAAAUUGGUGGAUCUGGCAGGGAAUGCUUCCAGCACAGGGGGGAAAUGCAGUGUUGAAGUAGUUUGGUUUCGGGGGCAGGUAUAUUAUGCAGGGAAGCGGACUUCUUACCAAACAUCAAAUGCCUGGUUCGAAGUUCAUUGUUAAUUUGCUUAUUAGUCUUCAAAUCACUUGUCAGGUAAAUGGAAUGGCAACCCAUUUGAUCUAACAGAUAGCUUAUUUUUCAGUGCAAAAGCUUCCCUUUUAAGUACCACAUGGCUGGCUGGCUGGCUGGCAGACACAGAAGUAGACUGUCCCUAAGGUAUGGUGUUACAAUCUCACAAGAAUCACAGAAUUGUAGAAUUAGACGGGACCAUGAAGACCAUCUGGUCCAGCCCCGCAAUUCAGGAGUCCUCCCCACAGCCAUCCCUGAGUGGUCUCAAACCACCAACCUUCUGAUUAACAGCCAGACAAACUGACCCAUUGUGCCACUGCUAGUGUGCUAAGUCUCCUUUUAAUUUUACAAAGUGCUUUUCAGUCUUACCUGUUUUGAUAGAGACAUACAUACAUACAUACAUACCAGAACGCCACCAAUGAAAGUGUACCUCUUGCCAGUCUAGAUCGCACUAUCUUACUAAGACUUACAGCCUUCUCUAGUGUAGCAGACUUGGGGGUCGGUGACAGGCCUAAAACCCCUCCAUAUAACAACUAAAAUGUGCCCAUCUUUAAUCUCCAACCCCAAAGGCCAAGGAGGUAGAUCUUAGAAUGCUUCAGAGAUGUCAAAUUUUUAACUCUGUAGCAGGAUGGAAUGCUAUAACUGGAGGACAAUAUCAGUUGUGCAGGGGUUUUUUUUUAAUCCCACCUUUCAUCUAAAGAACUUAGAACUACUGUUCUCUUAUCAUUGUUUUCCCCAUCCCCAUUUUAUCCGUGCAGCAGCCCUGUAAGGUGGGUUAGGCAAAGAAAGUGACUAACUGGCCCGACAAUAUUUGGGAAGCUUCGUGGCAGAGUAGGGAUUUGAAUCUAGACUUCCUAAUCUUACCUUAACACUGUAACUAGCAGACCACAUGCAGUCAUGUGUACAGCUGUUUUUUUAUAUAUAAUAAUAAAAAAACCUUAAUGAUGCAUAUAUCCUUGAGAUGUAACUUUGCACACUUCUUUUCCCUUUAAAAAACCUAGGAUUUUGUACCACUUUAUCAAGAUUUUGAAAACUUUUUUACAAGAAACCUCUACGUGAGAAUAAGAGACAAUUGGAACCGCCCUAUCUGCAGUGUUCCUGGACCAAAGUUUGAUCUGAUGGAACGUGUUUCAGAUGAUUACAACUGGACAUUUAGGUGGGUCAGGCUAGUAAAUACAGGUGAUGAUCGAUGAAGAAAAAUGUGUCUCUCACUCUCUUUCCAUAGCUAUCAGUGGAAUUUUGUAAUUACCUAUUUUGUGAUACCACAGAAAUCAUAGAAUCACAGAAUUGUAGAGUCUGGGCAGAUCUGUUUGGGAAGUCUUUUUAUAAAGAUUGUGUGCUUGAAUUGUGACUCAAACCUAAAAUUAUUAAUGGUUUUAACAUAAGCCCUGUUCCUGUGUUAACUCACUUGCACAGAACUUGCAUCUUGAAGCAGGGUUGCAUUUCUGCCCUUGAUGGUAGCCUGGCUGGCACAUUACAUAGUGGCCCAGGGCUUAUUCCCACCUCCAUUUGACCCCCAACUUUUGUCUGGGGGAAACCUGACAUUUAGUUCUGAAUUGGAACAAACUGCAACUGAGUUUUCCACAGAUUGUUGUUUGCUCCGAUUUAGCACUAAAGAGUGGGUUUUCAGGGGGAAAGCGGCAGGGCAAAGGCAAAACUGCUCAGACUUGUGCCUAGAAAGCAUGGGACAAGCAGAAAACCACUUGGACCCUUUCUUUAUAGGCACGGGAUAAUCAGAAGAGUGGACAAGCCCUUAGUGUAAGCAUACACGCUCCCAAAGAAGAGAUUGCAAUCAUUUUGCAGCUGCUUCCCGUUUGUUCUGCUGCUAAUUGUGAUGUCCAAACCAGGACUAAUCAAUUAGAUCUCCUGGACAUACCGUGAGUUUAAAAACAAAUAACAAACCUUCUGCUGACCCCGCCGAUCUCUCCAGGGAGCACAGUCAGAUACAUGUAAAAGCUGGAGGGGGAGAGCUUCUGUUUCAUUAGCAGGUGCAUGUAUCAUGUAUAUGCUGAACACCAUACCAGCCAGGUUAGAGUAUCAGGAUUGAACUCUGAGCUACCACAAACUUCAAACAUAAACGCUAUAGGAAAUCCAUGUUGUUAAUCUGGAAUUAAUCCGAAUUCUUUAUUUUGAUCGCAACAGAGAAAGGAACAGAGUACAAAGGGUAUUGAUCCUGGUGCCAAUUGCACUGGCUGCCAAUUAGCUUCCAGGCCCAAUUCAAAGCGCUGUUUUUCACCUAUAAAGCCUUAAAUGGCUCAGGACCGCAAUACUCAAGGACUGUCUCUUCCCAUAUGAACUGCCCCAGAUUCUGUGUUCAUCAUCUGAGGCCCUUCUUCAUGUGCCUCUUCCACUUGAGGUCUGGAGGAUGGCAACAUGAGAACGGGCCUUUUCUGCAGUGGCUCCCCAUUUGUGAAAUAUUCUCCCAAGAGAGGUCCGCCUAUAUAUUUUUAGGUGACAGGCGAAAACAUUCCUCUUAAACAGGCCUUUGGCUGAUUUAUAUUCUACAACCUUUUAAAUGUGUCUGUGGGAAGGGAGGGGUUUUUGUUGUUGUUGUUUGCUGUUUUGUUUAAAUUAUUUACUUGUUUUUAUCCUGUAUUUUGUUUUGUGAACCACCCUGAGAUCUUACGACGAAGGGCAACAUUAUAAUUCUAAUAAAUAACAACAACAAUAAGGGAAGUAAGAAUUGCUUUUGAAAAAGAUUGUAACUUUUAUAGAUUACUUUUCAAAUUUAAGGAACUGUCACUGCUCAAGGAAAUAAAUUUUGCAAAAUCCUCUCCAGAAUACAUUAUUCAAAUAAAUUGACUGAGAGAAAAACACCCAUGGAGCUGCUUGUGUGUUUGAUGCAGGUGAAAAAGGACUUCAUUUGUUGGCUGAAAUGUAGUUCCUUGUGCAGAGUUUGCCACACGCACAUAUGCUUUACCAAUGACCAGAUCUAUUAAAUAAAAGGAAACAAGGGCAAGGUUUAUAGGGUCACUUCCAUCAUAUAGUUUUUUUCAUGGUGGCCUAACUCAGAUCUUCAAUUCAGGAGGUUUUAAUAAUGCCAUUUAUGUUUUAUUACAUCAACAUUGUGAUUUAAAUAUUGAAAUAAGUUUUUUCCCCCCCUUGGCUGUAGGUUCACUGGAAAGAUAAUGAAGAAUGUAAUCAACAUGGGUUCAUAUAACUACCUCGGCUUUGCAGAAACUGAUCCUAGCGCUUUGAAAACUGUGGGCACUAUGCUGCAUAAAUACGGCACAGGAGUAUGUAGCACCAGACAGGAAAUGGGUAAGGAACAGUUUUUCAGUUACUACCACGAUCUUUAGCAUUGGGAGCUCUUUUUUGGAAAUGGCUAAAAAUCCAUUUGAGAAUACAUUUCUGGCUCCAUUUCAAACCACGAAACCAUUUUUAAAAGUAGCCAUCAUGCAAAUUUGUUGUACUUAUAAGCACCUUUAAAAAAUUAUUCUGUUCUCUCAUAAAAUCAGCUGACAGGAUCAGUAUGGAAGAUAACGUAUUUUAUAUUAGUCACACGCAACACUGGGCAACGGGAUCCAGGAUUAGUUUAUCUGCUCUGGAUCAGUUAUAAUGCCUUCUGUGACGCUGAGGCUUAAGUCUUUCAAUAUCUCUAAGGAGUAUUUGAAUAAUAUGCAAAUACUUAACUGGAGGUAUAAAAGUGCAACGGGCACGAAACAGACUAGCAGGGGCACCAUUAUCCUGGAACAUUAUCUCAAGAAAAAGCACAGUGACACCGACAUAAUUUUUUUUUCCAUUUGGCGACUGAAGUCUGACCCAUACAUCAGAAUUAAUAAUAAUAAUAUUUAUACCCUGCCCAUCUGGCUGGGUUUCCCCAGCCACUCUGGGCAGCUCCCAACAGAAUAUUAAAAACACAAUAAAACAUCAAACAUUCAAAACUUCCCUAAACAGGGCUGCCUUCAGAUGUCUUCUCAAAGUCAGAUAGUUGUUUAUUUCCUUGGCAUCUGAUGGGAGGGUGUUCCACAGGGAGGGCACCACUACUGAGAAGUCCCUCUGCCUGGUUCCCUGUAACCUCUCUUCUCGCAGGGAGGGAACCGCCAGAAGGCCUUUGGAGCUGUACUUCAGGACCGAGGCCGUUUAGGGCUUUAAAGGUCAGCACCAACACUUUGAAUUGUGCUAGAAAACGUACUGGGAGCCAAUGUAGGUCUUUCAGGACUGGUGUUAUAUGGUCUCAGAAGCCACUCCCAGUCACCAGUCUAGCUGCCGCAUUCUGGAUUAGUUGUAGUUUCCGGGUCACCUUCAAAGAUAGCCCCAUGUAGAGCGCAUGGCAGUAGUCCAAGCUGGAGAUAACCAGAGCAUGCACCACCUUCUCAAUACUAAGAAAGUACUCUUGAGACAAGAAAUUAAGUUUAUUCAUCUUAAUACAAUCACACCGCAUGGGUUGAAUACAUCUUUUGAUUUGGGCUGUUUCUUGUAGUACCUCCUUAAGAAAUCCUCGGUGUUUCAGUCUCUACUAAUAAAUGUCUACUGGUGGGCUUCCUCUGUGCUCUGCUAGCCAGCAAGCAGCAGUUGUCUCUACUUGUACCCAAUGUGGGACCUUAUUAACUUCACAGGGUGUGUCAGCCUGCUCAUGGCCUGGAAUAGUUUACACUACAGUGGAACCUUGGUUGUCGAACACUUCGGAAGCUGAACGCCGAUAACCUGGAAGUGAAUGCUUCAGUUUUCGAACGAGCCUCAGAAGUCGAACGGCUUCCUAGGCGCGUUUCUCCAUUUUUUAAAAGGAAUUUGCCGGCCGGCAAUUGCGCCUCGGUUGUUAAACAUUUUGGAAGUUCAAUAGUCUUCCGGAAUGGAUUACGUUCAACAACGAGGUUCCAUUGCAUAUAGUCUGGCUUGGGUUGCUACCAUAUUCUUCUAUAUUGUCAACUGAAGAAGGAGUUUCUCUUCGAAACUGGGAUCACCGGCCUCCAGUCCUGUUUGCUACAGCUGCUCCACCACUCCCAAUAACUCCCUUGCGUCGAAGAUAAUGAAAAUAUAUCAUUAAUUGUAAUAUUGUACUUAUUUUGACGAUUCUGGAGUACUGCUUGCAUGUACUGUAUGCCUUGUAAUAGCGGGUACAUUGUGACGAAUAUAUUCAUGGUACUUUGCUUGCCAUAUAUCGUGUCUUUGUACGCUGGCCUGAACCCCUGUGUUUUCUAUUUGUGUGUGUUCCUAUACAGUGGGUUCCUUAUUUUUGUGCUUGGAGUAAGGAAGAGGCAGAGCUUCUCCAAACUUUAGCUUUCUGGAAUUCCUGACAUCCCAAAGAACCUUAGGGGAAAGCUGGUAUAACUUGUUCUGAGCUCUAGUAGAUAGUUUUUCUACGCAUUACCAUCAACAGCACCAGUGAACACUUGCUUUAUAGCAGUCAUACCAUUGGUCCAUUGUGCUCAUUAUUGUCAGUGUUGACUGUGUGCCACUGUCUAGGAUUUCAGGCAGGAGUCCUUUCCCAACUGUACCUGGAGAAUCUAAUGUCAAACCUGAGAUUUUUUCGCUUGCAAAGCAUGCACUCUGCUAGUGAGCUAUGACCCUUCCAGUAAGCACAGUGUUGGUCGAUGUAACAAUAUUUGUGCCUGCCAGCCUAAGCAUGUAAAUCCCUGCCUAGAUUGAGUUAGUUCUAUCCUUUUUGCAUUAAAAGUUGGGCUUAGAAACAUGUUGAAACUGAACUGGGUAUUUCAUCCCCACCCUGUGUAUCUUGUCACAAACCUCCCAGUGAUAAGAUCUGGUAGAUGCCUCAUGGUUUUUCUUGAACACCUCACCUACCACCCACAGAGGUUCCACUCUAAUUAGAAAUGUGCAAAGCAAAGGGCUGGUCUUGCACACCCUUGCCAGUCAGGUUUGACUUAUGCAAAGAUGAAUCAGGAAUUAGUUCUCAUUAUGUUCUGAGAGCCAUUGACAUGCAGAUGUAGCUGCAUGUUAAUGUAGCCUGAAACAUAUCUGUCACACUGGUUUUUGCCCGUAACAUGGACGAAGGUGCUUUUGCAACAUCAUGGAGGUGACCUUGCUAAUUGUAGGAAAUUGUACUUGGUUAAUUCAGUUGAACAGCCGGGAGUGUUCCAUUAUUUGAUGAUUUGUCAUAGAGUAAUCGAAUAGCCAUGUCAUAAUUUCCAAUUUAUAGUGGUCAUCUGUAAAAAUUUGGAAGCUAUUGUGGGGAGGCGGGAAUCUUAGUAAACUUGUGUUACCUGUUUUAAGAAUUCAUUGGUCUGAAUCUAGAGUAGCACUUCUGCAAAUGGGCUGCAGUCCCAGAAUUUUCCGCUUGCUGUUCCAGAGGGUCCUUCAAUCUUCUGGAGCAGAUUGUCGGACAGGGGAAAUGGGGAAUCAGCAAAAACUGACACACACCGCAUCCUGUGAGCAGAACUUUGCACCUGGGAUCUCUGGAUCCAACUGAACAUAGUAACUGUGUGUGUUAUAUUUCAUAAAAGUACAAAGGUAGAAAUACUGUUUGUUUGCUUUUUAUUCAAACAAUAAUUACCAAUAUUUGGUGCUGGCAAACACCUGUUAGCCCACAUAUACCUUGGCUUUUGUCAGUUGAGAAGAUUUUUUUUUAAUUAACUUUACAAUACUGCUGUGCCACUUAGCAGCUAGAGCUCACCAGACAGUUCAGAAAACAGAGGUUCAAACUAUAAAAUGCAAGAACAUAACAAUAAACGUAACAUAAAAUCUAAAAACCAGUUAAGACAGCCACAGAAUAAAACCAACAGCAGAAACCAGUAGCAGUGCAAGAAUCUAAAAAUCAUCAAAAUAUAUUUAAACCUGAAGGAUUAAAAUUGUGAGAGGAGAGUGACCUCAGCGGUAUCUCAGAAACUUGCAUUUUUUGGGUGUUUGUAUGUGUUGGACAUGGUGGAACAGCCCAACAAAGCCUAAUCAUGUUUAGAAUACAGACUGACAGUUGGGGGGGGCAGGGGAGAAACCAGUUGAAAACCAGGCAAGGGAAUGAAAUGGAGUAUCCUGUCAAAGGGCACGGGGCUGGUUUUCAAAAGCCUGGAAGAGGAGCACCCCACGUGUUGCAACAGGCUUUAUGUAGAUACAUUAGGCCUGGCAUUCAGGGUAAAUCCACAGUGCCUUCUAGAUCAACCACAGGAAUGAACUGGAAGUCUUUGCUGUUCGUUCCCAGCCACUCACAAUAAUUUCCAUAAAUAGAUAAAUAAAAUUGAGGAGGGAUUCCUGAGGGUGGGAAGAGGAGGGCCUAAAACUAUCCAAACCCUUUUGUGGAUAUUUGCACUCAGCACAUGGAUAGAUCUACUGAUUUUCUGGGUAAAGUAGGGCUAUGGGUGGGGAUAUGUAUUUAGCCCUUCCCCUAGAGCCACAUGACUCCUCUGGUCCCUUUGUAUGUUUUUCUUGAACUUUGGCAGCGGGGAAGGAGCCAUGGAUUAGUUAAUCAGAGCUGGUCCAUCUCCAUCAUCAGAUCUUUGGCUUUGUUGGCCUUUUAUAGCUCCUACUUCACCUAAGUAAGGGAAAACCGCACUUGAGAUUGAACACUUAGAUAUGUCAGCAUAUGGGAUCUUUUAAAUAAAAACAUUACGUACGUUUAUUCAUUUAUUUCUCUCUAGAAAUAUUUAUAUGCCAGUACAUCACAAUAAUAUAUCAGAGCUCUCUGUAACAGUUGAAAUAGAACCAUACAACAGAAAGAUAUAAGAAGCUCAAAACCAUUCUCGUGUAAGAUUCACAGUAAUCUGCUGGGUAUAUCCACUUCUUGCAAACUGUCUGCUUUGAUUUUCUUGGGAAGUACUAAUGUGAUCUGUAAAACUAUUCUUAAUUGUUUCCAACAGGCAACCUCGAUAAACAUGUUGAGUUAGAAAAUCUGGUGGCAGAAUUCCUGGGCGUUGAAGCAGCUAUGGCAUUUGGCAUGGGCUUUGCUACAAAUUCUAUGAACAUCCCUGCAUUGGUUGGGAAGGUGAGUGAACGUCUUUAGGAAUGUCCAUAUCACAGGAAACUUAUGGACCUUGUGGAAGGUGAUGCCCAGGAAAAUGUACCUGAGUCAUCCUUGCCAGUUUUAGGUGCCAGGCUAAGACAUUUUAAUUUAUCCAGGCUUUUGAUAGUCAAGUUAGCUGCUAUUAUGCUACUCAUCUUUCAGCGUGUUGAGGUAGACUCCAUCCUUCUUAAUUUAUUGUUGGGUGAGCGUUUUAGGAAUUUUCUACUGUAUGGUGUUUUUAAUUUGACUGUUAGUUUAUUUUACCUGUCUGUCUUUUAUAUUGUUAACUUGCUGUAACACACUUUUUACAAAAUGAAUAACAAAUGCGAUUAACAGUGAUAGAGAUAAUUUUGGGGUGGAUGACUCGCUCAGGAAGGAAACAUUAGUGGUGAUAGUGAUUUAUGGCAAGUUGCGCAGCAGAUUGUAACCCUGAAUAUUUCAGAACCUUUUAGAAAGUAACCCCCACCCUUUAUAAGAAUGAGUGGUUGGAACAAGAUGGCUAAACGUGUCUGUGUUCCAUUUGUCAGAAAGAAAAAUAAACACCUUAGUCCACAAAGACGAAAUGCAAAACCAAAGUUGUAUGCUUCAGUUCAGUCACACGACGGUCCGAAGAUUAAAGUGUUGCUUCCAUAAAGAAUCAUGUUCAGAGCAGGCUUCCCUUGAACCUACUAAAGACCCUUCUUACAAUAUUUCUCAAUCAAUACACGUUACAAUAAAAGUAAAAAAUUGGACAUUGAUGACAAUUACCAAGACCAAAUAACAUAUUGUGAUUCGUUAUUUACUUCCACAGGGAAGUCUUAUUUUAAGUGAUGAACUGAACCAUUCUUCACUUGUUCUCGGUGCAAGGCUCUCAGGUGCUACAAUUAGAGUCUUCAGACACAACAGUAAGUAUUAAUACUAGGUAUGUUGGGUAAAAGUGGAAAAGUGUUCAAGUGGAAUUAAACUGACUUGUGUACACGCAAGGAAACUUCUGUCAAUUGACAUAUGAGACUAUUUCACUGGAGAUAAUGCAUGUUAAAAUGUGUUUGUACUUCUCAUUCAUUUAAAAAGAAACACAGCUUUCUGUUUUGCACAAAAGCCCUUAAAUUACCCAGGUUGAGCUGUGGGAUUCAGAACUUUUGGAGGAAACUUUACUGACUCUCUUUGUUGUGAAACAAUUCCCAUGCUCCUAAGUUAUUAGAAAAACUGUACAAAUGAGUAACUAAAAAUGGCCCAUACUUCAGUUGGUACAUCAGUUAAACUUUUAUGAGCACACUAUAUACUAUAUAGCAAAUUACAUGCCUGACUGACAUUGUUUAGGAAAAAGAAGCUACCCAUAUUAGUCUGUUGCGACAAAAAAAAAAGUCUUGUGGCACCAUUUUAAAGAAUAAUGAAUUUUAUCAUGGUGUAAGCUUUUGUGGAUUUGAAUCCAUGUCAUCAGAUGUAUGGAAUGCUACCACAAUCUGGAAGAAUAUACAUGGGUGUUUGUGUUAUGAGCAAGCACUGAUCUCAACAUUUUAUAUCAAACAUGGAAUGGUUGGGAAGAGAAAAUCCAGCUUCUGUAUAAAAGAUCACCAUUAAGAUACUUGGUUUACUGAAAAUUUAAUAUGGUUGUAUGAUAAACUAAACGUAUCUUCUACCCCACUGCUCACUCAAGGUAAAAUGCACCUCUCACUAAUGUGAUGCAACGUGUUUUGGUUGUUGACUGGGUUUGCUUCUCAGGGUCAUGUAAAGCAGCAGGCUUAUUAUGCAGUAGAGAGCUUGGAAGUUUGUAAAACAUAGUAAGACCAACUCACAACUUAACUUGUACGAAUUUAUCUGUACAUGCUUGGGUGAAUUUAUUUUUUUUAAAAGGUGAGCGUCUGGGGGGAAAACAUUAGCAGUCUUACCUGCCAUUGCACUCAGCUUGGGAGAGCAUUCAGAGGUGCAGGGAGAGUGUUUUAACCAUAAGCAAUUUUGGCUUUAUGCACUAUCCCCCACAUAAGUUGAGAGCUGACUGUGUGUUGCAGGAAGACACCCAUAAAAACACACCCCACCAUGAACAGUAACAGUAUUCUAAAUGUUGACAUUCUUGUUCAGGAAAGAAGUCACUCAGAUGUGUCCUUGAACAAUUAAAUUGUUCAAAUAUUUAAAAAGAUGAAUCCGCUGCUGGUCUCCAAUUUUUGAAAAGCACAGACUUUUGUUACCCAGAGCAUGACAGGAUUACGGUCUUCCUUAUUGGAAGGAGGGAUAUAAAUGUUCUGCAAAGAAAUUACAUGAAUAAAUAUCUGAUGCACUGCUUUCUUGUGUUUUUGUAACCAGAUAUACAAAGCUUAGAAAAGCUUUUGAAGGAAGCAGUAAUACAUGGACAACCUCGAAGUCGGAGAGCAUGGAAAAAGAUUCUGAUUCUUGUGGAAGGCAUUUACAGGUAUACAGAAAUUGCAACUCCUGUGCAAGCUCAAGUUGACUUUCACUCCCUGCCAUGAUUUGGAAGACAAUGGGUCUGUAGCUUCUAAUUCCAUAGGCUCCUUGCAUUGUGUAGAACCCCCAUCUCACAAGAAGCCUCCAUGAACGUGAAAGGCUCCCCACUGCAGGCAUGGGAGAGCUGAGCUGGCACCUUUCUUCCUACUCGUGAUUCUGGUUCCAGAUUAUGGCAAUAUAGCUCAGGAUCUUAAGGGCUGCCUUCCCCCAUUCGAUCCAACCUGGACCCUGUGCUUGGCAUCUGAGGCCCUUCUCUUUGUCCCCCUCUCCCUAAGAGGUUUGGAAGAUGACAACACAAGAACAGGCCUUUUCUGUGGUGGCUUCCCAUCUGUGGAAUGCUCUCCCCAGGUGUGCAUGGUUCAUUCAUUCAGCCUUUGUUGUCAUAAUGCGUGCCUGGUGUCAUUAUUACAUCAUUAUGUUAGGAUAUUUCCGUUCCUGAAGAAGGGAACAGGCUGUUGUGUGUCACAUGCCUGUUUACUUCCUGCUCACUGGGAGUUUCCGUUUUGUAUAUACCUUUUGUUUCUGGCUGUUUUCCUCGACACGGAUGCAAGCAGUCAUGUUUUUUCCUUUGUUCUGAUCGACGUUGAAUAAAGCUGUAAAUAUGCUCUCCUGGGUGAAUCUUCCGUUGUGGAAACUCUGCAGAAAGGGUGUGCACGAGUAUUGGAAUGUGUCUGAGGCUCGUGUCGCUAAUUGACUGAUGCUGUUCCAACGGGAGACCGGGGAUCGUCCGAAGACAACACGGCUGCCUGAUUGCCCAUGUCUCCCUGGAAGUAUCCCAACACAUUACACGAUCAUUUGGAUAACAGAUGGUAUAUUAAUAAUAAUAUGCAUAUGAAUAGGGAUCAUGUAGCAUGAUUCUUAAAACAAUAAAGGAUAUAUAUCUGUGAGAAAGACACAGAUUGCUUUUGGCAUUUUUGGAAGGCUUUUUUUUAUAACAUGUCAUGGAUGAAAAUCUCUAGAGAUCUUUUGUUUGCAUAAUGAAUUGCACUUGGUCUGAAUGUUGUGUUGCAUUCCAAACUGGUCAGUGUUUCUGCAAGGUGUUGGAACUCUUCAUCAAAGCAAUCAUGUUACCUGAAUUUAGCAAGUAGAUGGGUGGAUGGGAAAUAAUAGAGCAAUGAAAUCAUGAGUACACCCACACUUCCUGCUUAAUGACAUCUGGAAGGUGUCUUCACUGUACUCUUUUCAGUUCCUACUAAAAACAUGUUUUAGACCAGCCUAUGUGUAAUGUUGACAUGUUUUAACUAAUUAUUUUAAUUGUUUUUGACUGGAUCAAGGAGUCUGUGCAAGAUGAAAAAUGAGUGGAGACCCCCCGCUCCCUCAACAGAUAAAGCCAGAGUUUAGACUAGAGAGGUUAGGGAGUGAUAUGAUGCAAAAACGGCAGGCUGGAAAAGCAGAGAGAGACAGAGAGCCAUGCUGGAUCUCUGGCUGAAUCCAAGGCUGUGGCUAUGGGAGAAACAAAACCCUUUUGGGGUGUUGACACAGUGAACCUUUCCAUCACAGGCUCAGGUUAUAUACAGGGUGGCCCAAAAGUAGGUAUACUGCUUUAGAAUCCACUUUCUUUGUUCUUUGACUCAAGAAGUUCUCAUCAUUCAAAAUAUCGGUAAAGAAAAAGAAUUGUUUCUUUCUUUGAAACCUACUUUUGGACCACCCUGUAUGUGUGUAAAUAAACUAUUUAUCCUAAAGACACCACAGUCUCCACUGUGCCUCAUUCCCUUUUGGGACACUCCUUUGUUGACACCUAAGGAAUAAACAAGAGUCCACAGCUAAGCUACUUUUGGUUUGUUGAACUCUAGUGCUUCUUUGUCUCUUGCUGGUAGCUGCUCACGAGUACAAACGAGUAUACUUAGGUUUUUCUCCACUGUGGCUUGAGCUGCUUGGAUGCAAUCAAUAGCAUUAUGUCCAUAUUAUGCAACAAUAGCUACAGCUGAAUCAAUUAAGUGCUCAUUUCUCAGCUGUUUUCUUUUGUUUCCCACAGUAUGGAAGGCUCCAUUGUACGCUUGCCGGAGAUAAUUGCCUUGAAGAGAAAAUACAAAGCCUAUCUCUACUUGGACGAAGCUCACAGCAUAGGUGCCGUUGGCCCAACAGGAAGAGGAGUUGUGGAAUACUUUGGAAUGGAUCCCAACGAUGUUGAUGUACUGAUGGGAACAUUCACCAAAAGCUUUGGAGCAGCAGGGGGAUACAUAGCAGGCAAAAAGGUAUUGGCAUCAAUUGUCAGCAUUUGUAGGUGUGUAAAAACUCAAAUGGCAGUGAUUGCUAACCAUUUCAAAAAUGGAAUAAGACCUGGGUUGCUAUAGCAGUCAGGAAGCAGAUAUCCUAUUCUGGUACCUAGAAAAUCCUGCCACUGCUCAUGUUUUUGCAAAAGUUUUUGCUUCCUUGUGUGUAUAUUUGCACUAGGUUUGAAGGGCUUCAUGUGGUUCCAUCUGCAUCCACAGAACAGAGAAUAUUCCAGUUUUGAGGUCCCUCUCUACAUGGUUUUACAGAGUUCACAUACUUCUGAAUGAAUAUCAUGUCACAAAUAUACAGCUCUUUGGAUUCUCCUGUUGACAGUAAACAUUGUUUCUGCUGCAUUUGAUAACUGUGCCAAUAUCUCAUCCCACUAUUUGCAUGCAGGUUGUUCAUAGUAAUCACUUUCUAAUUAAUGUCAUUGAAUAUGAUGAUGUAAGGGGGAAAUGCAGCAACAAUUUGCACACUGGUAACUGAGUUCUCAAAUGGUUUUUUGGAAUGCCUCUGACUUCCUUUUGUUAUUUGAUCUUAAGAAAGUUUUAAUGAUUUCUCUGUACUGGGCACAUUACAUGUCUUCAGAAGUCAUGUGCUUGCUGCAAAAAUUGCUCUUUGCUUGAGUAAUAUUGGGGAAAGGUGCAGUUGCAUACAGCUUAUAUGCAAGUCCUGCCAAAGGAUUGUAGCUAAACAUGAAUGAAUUUUACAUUGACUGCAUAGUUUCCUUAGGGUUGUGAACUUUCAAGUCUUAUGUUGCUUGAGUAUAAACAAGUAAAACUGUGAGCAUGUUUUGUUUUGUUUUUGUCUGCAGGGAAACUGUAGUCAGAUUUUUCACUUGAGUCAGCUUAAAUUGGCUUCUGUGCUACUCUUUGCAUCAGAUCCCUAUUAGCACUGUUUAAUAAUCUCUCACCUCUGAGACCAGAGGUGUGCUCAGUCAGACACGCCUUUGAAAAAGAUCCAGGUCGCAGGUAUUGAAUUGCAGAUCAUUUAAUUAGGCAUUGAUACUGUGCCAGGCCUAAUUUAGCAUUAAACUAAUUUGAAACACUGUUGAAAAAUAAAUUUCCUGAUGUACUUUUCCCUUCAAAUAUUGUGGGUCUAGGCUGAAUAACCUUUUUCUGAAUGAGAGAGCUCCGUGCCUCCUUUUAAGGGAUUGCAAUAGAACAAAACACUGAACCCAUAAAAAGAGAUAGAAUAGUAGUUUAUUUCUUCUGGGUACAAGGUCCAUGGGAAGGACUAUCUCUAGUGAUAGUGCAUUAAAAUAUCAUCCUCUGCUGUCUAUCUGUUCUCUCAUUACAUGGAAAUUUGGAAGCAUGAUGCUUCAUGCCAUGCACUGACUUUUUAAAAGUGUGCCCUUUUGACAGUUGCUAUAAGAGUGCUUGAGGGAAUCAGUGAAACAAAUAGUUGAUUUAGCCAUUGGUUCAAAAGUGAGGUAUGUUUCUAAAAGUUUUGCAUUUCGGCUUACAGUUGAGUGUGCAGCCAAUUCUGGAUCUGAUUGCUCUUGCCACCUGCAAACUUCUGUUCCAACAGACAGAAGGAGGUUUUGGUGUCUGCACUAAAACUUUAUUCUGUUUUUAUUCCAGGAACUAGUAGACUACUUACGGGUUCACUCCCAUAGUGCUGCAUAUGCUUCAUCUAUGGCUGCUCCAGUAGUGGAACAAAUCAUCAGAGCAAUGAAAUGUGUCAUGGGACUAGAUGGAACCACAAAAGGUAGGAUAUUGUGCUGACUGAGAAGAUUUCCUUUUAGAGUUGUUUGAAAUGGGAGGGGGAAUAACAGCAUUUCACCUUAAGAAAGGCAUGCUUGUGGAUGAAUGCAACUGAUCAUUUGUGGUCAAUGUAUGAGCAAAACAUAGCAUUUGGGGGACUUAAUUCCUGGCCUUCAUACACCUGCAAGCACACUUUGCUUGGAGGAUGUUGUGAAACCAAUAGUGAUGCAGUGAUUCUGACUUGGUAGGUGUAUGAAGCCAGGAACAAGCAUCAGGGAGCAUGUGCUUCUUCACUCUUGCUGUCUCAAGAUCUUGGUUGUAAACCUAAACUGACACUGAGUUACAUUUCCCCAUUUUAGAUGUAAAGGGAAACUGAUUUAUUUCAUCAGAACUGAAGUGCUGACACUUCAGUGUGCAAGAAGACAAGCACACAGGUCCAACACCCUAUUCCUCACUUCAUAAAACAUGUAUCACUGUGUUGGGCUGUUUGUAAGGCAUAAUAAUUACCUCCUUACAUGGUGGAAAUGUUAGUGUGAAUAAGAGAGUCACUGAACUGUUUCCCAUAAACUUCUACAUAACAUAGAACAGACCAUGGUCAGCAGUGCAUGGGGUGGCAGUGACCCAAAUGUCCAAGUGAUUAAAAAUUAAAUAUUAUAUUUAUGAGUAACCCUGUUAAAAGGAAUAUUCUUGCAGAAUUUUGGAUUUGUUUCCUGUCUUGGAUGAAAAAAAGGGCAGUUGGACAAAGGUCUUAUCUGCUUAUGUGAAAUGAUGCCCAGGUGGUUUGGGGCCAACAAUAAAUUAAGAUUUUUUCUGAUGUGGUUGAAUUUGGCCGACAUGUUUGGUGGAGCUUCAUAUAAAUGCAUCAAGAGGUGCCUACAUAAUUAAUAUCAGCUUCCCAGUGGCAACCACAACACCAGCAUACUGAGAAGCAGGCACAAGUGGCCAGUACUAAAGGACAGUGCCUAUGAGAUGCUAGCACAGAAUGGGUGUACUUUGUCUCUAUAGCAUUUUUAUGCCAUACAGUAGUGUGUAGAAUUGUUAUACAGUUUCUAAAGUGGUGUGAAAGAGGGUAUGCUUCAUCUAUAGCAGUAAAUAAGAGCACACAUGUAAAAUUCGAUUCAUGGACUGCUUUUUUGCAAAUAUUCUUGCCAGUGGAGGGCAACAUUGCACUGUAGUUUUCCAAGAUGAUAGUAUUCUUUCUGGCUGUAAGAAAGAAACAUAAAAGGCUCCAUCUGCACCUUUUCUCUUCUUACCUUUUUGAGCUAGUACAGAUCCACAGAUACAGAAGUUCUCAGAACCUGCAGGUUCAAGGGUUGUUGCAUUGCAAGGAGCAUAGCAAGGGAAACUAACUGCAGUGGCUUUGAUGCACACUAGCACAUUGGGCAUCCACUCACGGUACAAGCUUCUACUUUCAGUUGAACUGAGUUAACUAUAGAGCGUGCUUUUGAUUCCCUCCCUGCCUCUUAAAAGGAUCGCGUCAAAAGCAUUUUUAAGGAGUGAUUGUUUGAAAACUGCCUUAUUUAGCACUUGCACCUGGUGUACAUAGUGACAGGCCUAUUUCUCAGUAAGGUAGAAAACAUCAGUCUUGAAUAUACUACCCAUACUUCUCAUAAGGGGAUACAGUGGUGGAAGAGGUACAAACAUGGCAAACUAGUAUAUUGGAGAGAAGACUAGGCUAGGACAAUUACGGUAUAUCCAAAUGAGCUUGAAGGGACCCUUUUAAAGGAGUGAGGAAAUUGUGCUUCUCCUUUAAGCAGGAAGGUGGCAGCUGUGGCAUUCCCUCCCACCCAGCCCCAAAGCUAAAUGAUCUGAAAGGGCAUCAUGCUCAAUAGCAUUAAAGGCCUUUGAGGAUAAUCUGCAGGCAAUUGAUAAGUAUCUGAGAUAAGGAAAUAGGAUGGAACUCUUCAUCUAAGCCUACACACGUAAAGCUGAUUCAGCAGCUUCUUUCUGAUCUGCUCAGAAAGCAAUAAAGAAGACUUCCCACUUCACUAGAAUAGAAUUGCCCCUUCCAUAUAAGUGAAUGGAGAAGCCUGUUUUGCAAAAGUUCCAUGUCCGUGCUGGAGUUUCAGUAGAAUUCCUCUUUGAAGCCUUGAAAAGGGAACAGUGCGAGCAGGAUCCUGUUUUUUAUAAAUCAAUAGAACCUCUGGUGUUAGUCCAUUGCAAAUUAUUCUGUUUUAGCGUGCUAAAACAAAACCUGGAUGCAGCAGGCUGUUUCAAAGCCUCUGGCUGGGAAAGAUUUAACUUCUUAAUGUGCUGAAUUCUGCAAUAUCUAGUAGGUUCAAAAAUGAGCUGGAAAGUGGGCUUCUUCCAUCGGUGUCAACGGAAUGAGUUAUUGGACUUUGUCUUCCUUCAGUUUACAGAAAGAGAAGACUUUUAGACAGGGAAUGAUGAGCUGUGUGCCUUUGCUUCCAGAUUUUAUGUAAUAAUAAUAAUAAUAAUAAUAAUAAUAAUAAUAAUUUAUACCCCGCCCAUCUGGCUGGGCCUCCCCUGCCACUCUGGGCGGCUUCCAUAGAACCCAAAAAUACACUAAAAUAUCACACGUUAAAAACUUCCCUGAACAGGGCUGACUUAAGAUGUCUUCUGAAUGUCAGGUAGUUGUUUAUCUUUUUGACAUCUGAUGGGAGGGCGUUCCACAGGGCGGGCGCCACUACCGAGAAGGACCUCUGCCUGGUUCCCUGUAGCUUUGCUUCUCGCAAUGAGGGAACCACCAGAAGGCCCUCGGCGCUGGACCUCAGCAUCCGGGCAGAACGAUGGGGGUGGAGACGCUCCUUCAGGUAUACUGGACCGAGGCCGUUUAGGGCUUUAAAGGUCAGCACCAACACUUUGAAUUGUGCUCGGAAAUGUACUGGGAGCCAAUGUAGGUCUUUCAAGACCUGUGUUAUAUGGUCUCAUAUAUGUAAAGUUCAUAAGCUGUUGUGAAUGGAACUGAGGGAAGAGCCAAACUUACUUGGGUUGCUUCUUACCCUAACCAACAGAGUGGCAAAGAUCAAAUACAAAUAAUCAUGCAUUAAAGCUUAAAAAUAAUCAGUUAGCUUACUGGGGGAGGAAACCCUGGGUGGUUAAACUAGCCAAAAUGAUCCAAGUCAGAAAGGGGAAAUAGAAUUAUUACCAUUUUCCUAAAAAUACGACUUUUUUAUCAUGUAUUGGUGUAACAAGCCAAAGAAAAGAGAAAUCCAUAUGAUUUGUUGGGAAUAUUGUGAGAUUUUGAUUUAUGAAUUUGGCAGAUUUCCUGGAAUAUUAGAUAUUUACCUAGCUAAAUGUACUAGUUUUUUAAAAUUUCUAUUGAAUCGUUUUUCCUUCCAUCUUUCUUUGUACAUUGUUUAAAAUAUAAAAAAUGUGUGAACCAAAAUUGUCCACUAGCCUCACCUAUGAUAGAAAGAUUGAAAAAGGAUUUAAUUUCUGUUUGCUAUUAAGGCUCAGUUUGUAAUUUUGUGUCGGGGCAAGAUAAUGUUUCUUCUUUGAAGAAAAAAAGUUCUGUCUGAAUAGAGAUCUUGUGUCAGUAUAGGCCUAGUUUUCAUUGUGGAGAAAACCAGUAUAUCUGUGCUGCGCUACUUCAGAUUGCAGGGGUUGGGGGGGUCUCACAUGGUGGAAAACUCCUCUAUUGGGGUAGGGGGGUUCUCUGUACAUAGAAAACAAGAAUAUUCAGGAGUAAGAAGCCUAGGCCAAACUCCUCCUCCCUGACCAGCUAGUCUUUUGUGCGUGCUUUAUUUUUUAAUAUUGAGGACCUUUCCAUCAUGUGUGCACAUACAGGCACACACACAACAACAGCAACAACAACAGUCGGAAGGGAUAAUGCCCAAGCACAGAUUUCACCACCUGAGUGAGAAUUGUGUCCCACAAAAAUGCUUAAGGUUUUUAGUGAAAACCUGUGCUAACAAUGAGGAAAUCCCCAUUGCAAAUCUACCUAUGCUGACCUACAUACCAUGGGUGCUGUAAAGCUUAUUCAGAACCACCCAGAGUGCUAUAUUGCUAAGUCUAUAUUACAAUAUUCAGAAAUAUAAUAUUCAAAUAAAAAUUAAGUGCAAUUCUGGGGCAGUAAUUGUAGGUCCCUGGAAUCAUUGUUCCCCUCUGUGCCCCUCUCCAGGCUAUCAUUAUACUUGCCAUACCUUUGGUCAGUUGUAAGUGGCAUUUCAUGCUGGUCACAUGACCUGGAAGCUGUACGCCAGCUCCCUCGGCCAAUAAAGUGAGAUGAGUGCCACAACCCCAGAGUCGGCCAUGACUGGACCUAAUGGUCAGGGGUCCCAUUACCUUUACCUUAAACAUAGAAUUUAGCACCAUCUAGCCUCUGUGUAAGAGGGACACGGGUGGCGCUGUGGGUUAAACCACAGAGCCUAGGACUUGCCAAUCAGAAGGUUGGCCGUUCGAAUCCCCGCGACGGGGUGAGCUCCCAUUGCUCGCUCCCUGCUCCUGCCAACCUAGCAGUUCGAAAGCACGUCAAAGUGCAAGUAGAUAAAUAGGUACCGCUCCAGUGGGAAGGUAAACGGCGUUUCCGUGCACUGCUCUGGUUUGCCAGAAGCGGCUUAGUCAUGCUGGCCACAUGACUCGGAAGCUGUAUGCCGGCUCCCUUGGCCAAUAAAGUGAGAUGAGCGCCGCAACCCCAGAGUCGGCCAUGACUGGACCUAAUGGUCAGGGGUCCCUUUACCUUUACCUUUAUGCCUCCGUGCUAGGCUCUUACUGCGGCUGGAUUAUUGUGUUUAGUAAUGGGAAUCUUUCUUUUUAACAGUCAUCCACUCCACCACCGUGCUGCUUUUUUUUGCGCAUCUAUUUAGGCUUUUCAACAACAGCAAAAAGUAUGAGAAUGAGUUGAAAGGUCAAAAGAUCUGUAGUGGAUGAAAGUUGCCAAGGCGUCUACCCUGAUCUGGAGUUCUGACUUAAAUUACAUGUGCUACAAAUUCCUUAGAAAGCUAUCUCCUCCUAGUGGUGCAGCAGUAAAACUGCUAGCACCUUUGCAAAGCUAAGCAGUCUCUGGUAUUAUUUCAGGUUGGGUGGGAGCCUGUUUGUUGAGAUUCCUACAUUGCAGAGGGUUGGUCUAGAUUGCCCCUCAGGGUACCUUCCGACUCUACAACUCUGUUACUCUAUAGCUAAGAAAUUAAAACAAGGCAUCCUUCUUAACUACCGAAAGUCACACUUUCACAAUUUUAUUUAGACAAAACAGUCUUAACCAUUUUUGUCCUUUAGAAAGUUACCUUGAUUUGAUGGUUGAGGAGCCGCAUCAAUCUGCGAGUCUGUAAUUGUGUUCAAGCACUGAGGUUUCUCCAAAGUACCUAUCACCAUAAUAUCUGUCCUUGUGUGUUAAAAUAGCUUGGCAGAACAUGUACACAAGGGUUGGGGAGGCAGUCAUGCUAGUGUGUGGUCUCUGACCACAAAACACAUCAUCAGAAAUGACAGGAAAGUGCUGAGGCUUGGUAAAGAACAGCUUACACCCUUUCUGUCAUCCACUCAAAGUAGGUUUGAUACAACCCAAGACAUGCAGAUGUGGGUAAUGGGACAUUUUUAUAUCUUAAAAGUCAGAAGGCAACGCAUGACUAAACUCUGGCACAUAGGAAGUAAGCUAGCACAUGGGACAAAAUGAUGGGCUGGUUGUGAGUUCUGUUCAUGUACACAAAUCAGCUUUUGAGGUUUUCCCAUUACAGUGGUACCUCGGGUUACAUACGCUUCAGGUUACACAUGCUUCAGGUUACACUCUCCGCUAACCCAGAAAUAGUGCUUCAGGUUAAGAACUUUGCUUCGGGAUGAGAACAGAAAUCGUGCUCCGAUGGCGCAGCAGCAGUGGGAGGCCCCAUUAGCUAAAGUGGUGCUUCAGGUUCAGAACAGUUUCAGGUUAAGUACGGACCUCCGGAACAAAUUAAGUACUUAACCCGAGGUACCACUGUACAGCCAGGAAAAGGGAUCUGUGCUUGAACUAACAAUUUUUCUUUUCUUGGAUCCUGGUAGAAAACUGGUGGUAUUUAUUUUUUUUACAGAAAAAAAAACUUUUUUUUAAUCUGUGCAUUAAAAAUGGAUAGUCCCCAGUUUAAUAUUAAUCAUGCUAAACAAUGCAUUAAGCCUCUAAAGAUUUCCUGCAAGCUAUUCAAGCCCCCCCUCCCCCAUUUUCUUCCAAGUUCUUUUAAAAUCUGCUGUGCAAAAAAUAUUUUUGGAAGUACCUCCAGACUAUUGUUUUUAUUAGCAACUGGAAAGCUUUGUAGUAAGAUUUUUUUUGUGUUUUUGAUACUCUGGCACAGCUGUUUUUGUUUUAGUGCCACUGGAGAGAUGGUUAAGCUAUUUGUCGUCCUUCUAACUCAACGGAUUUGUCAAAUGGAAACUGGAUGGCAAACCCAAAGAAUAACAGCCAGAAUGCCUGUGUGAGCAGAUCUGUGUAUAAAAGAUACUUACAGACUGUACUAGGCUUUUUGUUCCCUUCCCAUUCAUUCAGCAGGGCACAGGUCAUCUCCAAAGCAUCUUUUUCUAUAAGAAAAUUUCUCACUUGGGAAGUCCAUGAGCUCCAAAUUACCCUUUAUUAUGAAGGACAGUCACUGUUCUGGUACUGCCUCCUGGUAAAUCACCACUCAUAGUUUUGUUCAAUUUUUUUCCUCUGGAGAAUCCCUUGUUAAAAUUUUGUUAAGGUAGAUUUCUGUCACUUUUCAGGGUUUAGCUCCCACCCCAAGGCCUCUGGAACUUAAACACCAAGAGCCCCACACAAUACCUUGCAUGCCACUUCACAUUCUUCAGUCUAGUAUGGUUCAUUUUGAACUGUUGCUAACAAGUUGUGUGUGUUUUAGGAUUGUUGUUGUUUGUCAAGAAUAGCAAUUUUUGGGCUUUCAAAUUCAGUGAAAGACUACUGACUUCUGAGAGUGAAGGGCGGAUGGUGAUCAUCAUCAACAACAAUAAUAAUAAUACUGCAGGAUACAUGGGUCUAGUGUGUAACUGUGAUGGCUAAGGGGGAUGGCUUGGACAGGGAUCCUUGGUGGAAGAACUGAGCUGUUAGAAGCCAACCCUGUUUUCAUCUGUAAAUUGUGGAGAUCUGUUCCAAGUACCGUAUUUUUUGCUAUAUAAGACGCACCAGACCAUAAGACGCACCUAGUUUUUGGAAGAGGAAAACAAGAAAAAAAAUAUUCUUAAUCCCAGAAGCCAGGACAGCAAGCGGGAUCGCUGUGCAGAGAUCCCGCUUGCUGUCCUGGCUUCUGGGAUAGCCGUGCGCAGCCUCUCCUGGGCAAGGGGAGCCUUCAUCCCCUGCCCGGGAGUGGCUGCGCGCGGCUAAGGCUCCCCCAAGAGCCGUGCUCCCUUUAAAGAGCGCGCAGAGUGUGUGUGCGGCUCUUGGGGGCUUUUCCCCGAGGAGGAAGAAGGGUAGCCCUUCUCUCUCCUCGGGGAAGAGCUCCACACACGCUCCAUGCGGCUCUUUAAAGGGAGCGCUGAGCAGAGCUUCCCACCUGCAUUCGCUCCAUAAGACGCACACACAUUUCCCCUUACUUUUUAGGAGGGGAAAAGUGCGUCUUAUAGAGCGAAAAAUACGGUAUAUUAGGCUCUUUCAUCUGCUGUCUUAGGAAGACCCGUACUUCUCUCUUCAUAUUUGGGGGACAGGAGGACAGAGGUCCAGAGCUAUUCACCACCCUCUUUCCUCUCAUAUAGGUUCUUUUUACAAUCAAGCUGUAUAUAAGUUUUAUGAAAUUAAAUAAAUAAAUAUGUAUUUAUAAAUAUGUGUGUUGAUAGCUUUGACUUCCUACUCAUAUUUGUCAGAGAGCAUACCAUCAAACAUAGCUCAUUAAAAAAAAAAUUAAGAAAUUAAGACGGUGAUAGAGAAGGAGGCAGCUUUGCUGUCUCUCUUUUUAAAAGAAAGAUAUGACUAGAUAAGUAUGCUAAAGGUGCCUUAGUUCUCAGACGCUGAAGAAAGUAAUGGUUAGAUGUAUUUUUUAAAAUCUAGAGUGUCACAAAUGAGGUGCUUAUGUAACUGCUGGUCUUUCAUGAUGUCACAGAUAAGUUCCACAUAAUCACAUUUCUCAGGACAAUCACCAAGAGGCUACCUGAGGAAAGCAUUGUAUUUUAUUUCCGUGAAAGAAAUAGGACAGCCAGCUCCUGGAAAUCCUUCCAAUAAUUUUUCAAAAUCCUUUGCCAGCUAUGUCAGGUAUAACAGAGCAUACCCAAUAAAUUCACCUGUGUGGUUCUUUCAAAACUGAUGGUAUGGAAAAUUCCUAAACAGCUGGUCAGAAAGAGAAAUACUGCAAGGAGACCAAGGUUAGCCCAAAACAGGUUGCCGCCUGAAGCAAAGGACAACAUGGUGCCUGCCCACUUUCCCACCUGCUGUGUUCCAUCUCCCAAAGCUCCCUGGAUUGACAGUUGAUUCUUAUUUUAACACUGGCACCAGGAAACUUGAGGGCAACGCUUAAGGAAUACUGGACGUACUGUGCAAACUGCUCUGUUUGCCCGCACCUUCCAACAUCUACCUUCUGAGGUGGCUGCCUCACUCUGCCUAAUGUUAUGGCCAUCUCUGAAGGAGACGGUCCUCUGAGAUCCAGCGAGGGCAAUCUGUGAGAGCAGGCUUCAGCAUGAGGAUCCUUUCUUCAUAUUUUGAGCAGGGCUUCAUGUUUUGAGUGGGGCCUUAAACAGUCUUCUGCCCCACCAUAUCGCUUCAUCGGCUACAUGCACAAGAGGUUCUUCUAAACAGCUGCUGUGUGUGUGGAUAUAUCUGUAUGAGAUAUAUUGUCAACAUAACAUAAAGGAUAGAAAUAAGCACCAAGAGUUAAAUCUAUUUGCAGUCCUGUAAGUUCCAACUGUGUGCCAACAUAGCGUUCUUUGGGACUCCAAAGAACUGAAAUGCCUCAUUUCUCAAACCAAAUGGGAUGAAGGGAAGAAUCUCAGGAUUAUGGUAAUUACUGAUUUAUUUUUUUUGAAUAUAGGGAAAUGCAAAAUAGUUCGGCUUGAAGUGGUGCCUAAGAGAAGUGCUAAUUACAAAGAACUCCAGAGACAUUGUAAAAUAAUAAUAAUUCUCGACGGGGUGGAGCAGGAUGUGCCGUAGAUAGAAUUUCUGGAAAGAGUGAAAUGCUGUAAUGACAAUUGUGAUGGUGGCCUCCUUAAAAAAGAAAUAUGGUGGAGCAGUUAGGCUGUUAAAAAGAUCAGAGACGCCACAAGAUCUGCUACAUUGUGAUGUACAAAGAUUUGCAAACAUGUGCUUUGUGUCUGUCUCUUACCAACUAACAUUAGAAGUAAUCCAGCGAAUACACCCUUGGCUAUUGGGAGAUUAAAGAGAUAGCAAGGUUAUUGCAUCAUCAGUAAAGACAAGAUGUAACAGUCUUGAGUCGGUGAAAUAUAGAAAUGACUUUGGGUCAACCAGUUUAAAUUUUGUUUUGUUCUGUCCGCUCUAAGUUUGCUCUAGAUUCUGAACUGUGUUUUUAACUUUUAGUUAAAAAGUGGUUAACUUGUAGUGCUGCAGAAGAUGCGGGACUCCAAAUCCCAUUAGCUCCAACCAAAAUGAACUAUGGUCAAGGAUGAUGGAAGUUGGAGUCCAACAACAUCUGGAAGGUCAAAUGCUUUGGAGAUUGCAAAGUACUGUGUAUUGAAGUGGGUGAAAUUGUAUCUCCCCUUUGCCUUCAAACGCCUCUCUAGCACUCCAAAGAAUAGUAUUAUAAUGAGCCCAUGGCUAUUAUCACCUGAUUUAUUGUUGUUUGUGAUCCAGAUACAAACCCAUUAUCUUGACUUAGAAGGAAUUUUUGGCAGGUGGAAUGAGGACUUGUGUGUCCUUGCACCAGAAAACAGUCCUGGAUAUUGUUCUCUUUAAACCCAUAUUGAAUGGAGUCCGGGUGGGUUUGCAUGUGAGAACAACAUUAUACUGUAUAACUGUGUUUGUUUAUUAUACUAAGCAGGGUAGAACAAAUGUAUUGUAGUUAAUCAUGGUGUCUUGUUGUUCCUCCCAGACACUUUAAUCAUAAUACCUCCGCUAUGCCUUGUUAAUGUAACUGAGAAGCUGUGAGUGUUUUGCUUAGAAAGCAAAGAGGGGAGUACAGUGUGUGUGGAUCAAACUAAGCAUCAUCCACAUAGCCUCCCUGUUCAAAUAUUCGGGGGGGGGGCAUCUGUUUUUAAACAGUAUUUAAAAAAUUGGGGGGGGAGGGUACUGAACCUCCUUGCCCCUCUCUUCCCCACCCCAGUUGUUGCUCCAAGCACUUUUAUUCCCUUCUGACUCCAAAACCAGAAGUAGAGAAUGAAGAAGAGUGCCUUGAGCAAUGGACUAGUGGGAGGUAAGGCCUGAGAUGUGUGGGUUGGGGGAAUGUUUAGUGGUGCUCCUUUUACCACUGGUGUAAGAACCUCCUCCACGUGGAUGCAUGUCUCAUUUGGCCCUGUGGCUACUCUUUUAUCUUCAUAAUACUAUUAUGUACAGUGGUACCUUGGUAGUCGAAUGGCUUGGCUCCUGAACAAAUCGGCUCUCGAACGCCGCAAACCCGGAAGUGAGUGUUCCGGUUCGCGAACCUUUUUUGGAAGCCGAACGUCAAACGCGGCUUCCGCGGCUUCCGAUUGAGUGCAGGAAGCUCCUGCAGCCAAUCAGAAGCCACGCCUUGGUUUUUGAACCGUUCCAGGAGUCGAACGGACUCCCAGAACAGAUUAAAUUCAAGAACCAAGGUACCACUGUAUCAGAAAUAAUCAGCUGGGGACACAUUAAUGUUUGAAUGUAUGUUUGAGGAUGUAUCGGCUUCUGAAGCCAUCUCAGUUUUACGUGCUGAUCAGUCUCUGCAACAUUAAAGCUCUAGAUCUUUGUUUUGGUCCUGAGGCAGCAGAAGUGUGAUGUUCCUGCAUUCACUGCUUUUCUGGUUCUUAUUCCAGGACUUCAGAGAGUCCGCGCACUAGCAGAGAAUACAAGGUACUUCAGACGAAGACUGCAUAAACUAGGUUUCAUUAUUUAUGGCAAUGAAGAUUCUCCUGUUGUCCCUUUGCUCCUUUACAUACCAGGCAAAAUUGGGUAAGUUAAGCUCCUCUGCCCCAGGCAGCUAUGCAGAGUUUUCAGAAAUUUGCUGGUAAACUCGAAAGAUUUUAUUUCAGAAAUGUCUUUUUUUAUAUUUCUACAUUGGGGAACAUAUUUUGACUUGACUUAUAAGGCAGCUUCCUUCUAGGCCAGUAGUGGUGUCUACACUGACUGACAACGGUUCUCCGGGUUUUUAGGGGAAAGUGUGGCCAUAGAACUCAAGAGUGUCAAACUGGUGGAUGCUUCCAAUCUAUGGUGUAAUAGUCUUAAAAAUUUUGCCUGUAAACUAGUUUAUUUUUAAAAAAUACUUUUCUGGGCUUAAUUGAAUUUAAGAGGCUCUUGGGUUUAAGCAGCCCCUCCUCUCAAUUUUAUCAGGCAUAUAUAAAAGACAAGCAGUGCUGUCCUAUGCAUGCUUACGAGGAAGUCCCUGUUUUUUCAGCAGGCCUUACUCCCAAGCAGUGAUGUGGGGGCUUUGGGGGGGGGAGAUCCCAUGCAAAUUAGAGUAAUCUGUAUUGGAAAGCCCUAAAGUGAUCCAAUUUAGCAUGUUUCAUUUUUCUUGUAUUUAAUCAACAAAGGGAAAAAAAUUGAAACUGCCAAUCUUACCUAAUACUGCAUUUGCAAUUCACAUCCAUUCAUUGUUACUAAUGACUGAUUAAGUAGAAAGUUUUCCAUGGAAAAAUGAAGCACUGGAACAGUUUUGUUGUUUUUUGGGGGGGGGUUCUCCCCCCACCCUGGCCAAAAUCACUGCUACCAGCUUAAGGUAGGAUUCAGCGAAAGUCCUGUCAGCAGAAGCACUGAAUAUGAGCUUCCACUUCUGCGAUGGGGUCUUGUGUUUACUUCUUUUAUAUUUAAACAUUGUGCAGUGUGUCAGCAAUAAUUUCAGUUUUGCCUCAUUUUCUUACCCAGGGCUUUUGCAAGACGCAUGCUAGCCAGAAAUAUCGGGGUGGUGGUGGUCGGCUUUCCAGCUACUCCAAUCGCAGAAUCCAGAGCUCGGUUUUGUGUGUCAGCUGCUCAUACACGGGAGAUGUUAGAUGCGGUAAGCACAGCAAGCUUGCUUGCAAUAUCGACUUGACAUUGAAUGGGAAGGUUCUAGAAGAAGCCUCACACUGUCUCUUCUAUUAUUAUUAUUAUUAUUAUUAUUAUUAUUAUUAACUCUUUGCCUUCCUUGAUUGCCCUCACAUUAUUGCAGAAGGUUUGAUUUUGAAAAUAAGUAAAUACAGUGGACGCUCAGGUUGCGAACAUGAUCCGUGCGGGAUGCACGUUCGCAACCCGCAGUGGCGCAUCUGGGUUUCGAUUCAGUGCUUCUGCACAUGCGCAAAGCGCGAUUUAGCGCUUCUGCGCAUGCGCGAUCGCCGAAACCCAGAAGUAACCCGUUCCGGUACUUCUGGGUUUCGGCACUCCAUAACCCAAAAAAAUGCAACCUGAAGCCCCUGUAACCCAAGGUAUGACUGUACUUAUGUCUACAUGAGAAACAUGUUGGCAAAUUAAUAUAUUUUACUGGGCCAAGUUAGAAGUAUGCAAACUUUUGAGUUUCAUAGAACUCUUCACUGAACAAAGUGGAAAAGCAGCAAAAUGUUGGUUGCAAUCAUAUUUUCGGGUUGAGGGCUACGUUGGCACAAGAUGAUCACUAACUAAAUCUAGACUUUUGAUUCUGAAAUCAAACAAGAGAAUUGACCCGGAUGGUAAGACAGCAGUAUGCCAAGUUAUAUCCCCCAUGCUGUUGCAAACCUGGGUGAGAAAUUGCAUCUGUGUUUUGCUUUAAUUUUGUGACAGUGUCAGGGUCCUAACACUGCAACCCAUGUUCUGUGCAAAAUAGAAUGAUGGGCUUCAAAUACUUGGUUGAACUCUCCUCUUCGGCCAUACCUUUUGAAUACUGCUUGCUUCUCAAAGCACCACUCCCUUGUGGUAUUUGGUGGACUUGAGAAAUAAUGGGGAGUUAUACAGUUUCCUAAUUUAAUUUUUGGACAAAUUAACACAGCAGUGGGAAAGAGUUACAAUACCUGCUCAAGGUAAAGGCCAUGUGGUGUUAAGACAGGAGAGUGAAGCUUGCUGAUUGCAGCUGUAUUUUGAUAACCUAAUAUCUGCAGCAUCCAUAAAGGAAAGUUUGCUUCUAACUAGUUUUUUCCUAUAUGGUGUUAUGGUUUGACACAAAACAAACAGGAAGGAAGGAAGGGGCUGUAAUGCCAUACAAACCAAUAUGUUGAAUGUCCUGAUUUGGUUAUGUUUCAACCCAUUCUUGAAAUGGAAAGACAUCCCAUUACCUUAAUCCCAAUGACUUUUGUAAGACAUGAAAGCGUAAUAAUAUGUAAUAAUAAUAUUCUGUAUAAUAAUAAUAUAUAAUAACCCCAAAUCUAAAAUAGUGCAAAUAAACAAGUGUCAUGCACCACAAGACCACAUAAGUAAUGCACUAAGAAUUUUACUGUUGCUGGAGACAUUUCAGGCUUGUUUCCUCUCGUAAAAAAAACAAAACCCAUAGUUAUUUGAUAACAAAAGCCAUUUGUUCUUAUGCAGAUGCUAUUUCAAUUUAAAAUUAAUAGCAAUAUCAUCUCACCUUCACACUUACACUCGGCUAAUACUAAAUACUGUUUGUGGAGGAGAAAUGUGUGCUCUUUGAGGCACUUUUUAAAAUAGGCACUUGAGCUUCUUGCAGGCAUGAAAAAUUGUUCCUUUUGUCAAAGGAAGGUGUGGGAAGCAUCAUGCUUUGGGAGUGGGUAGUGGCAAGACCUGGCCUAGAACUGGAUGCAAAUUGGUGGUGGUGGUGGUGACAUCUUUAAAGAUGUUCAGGCAGUUGCCAUUGCACAAGUGCACAUCAAGCAGGGGAAUGGUAAAAAAAAAAGUUAGCAUGAAACCCAUUGUAAAACUGGAGUCUAAAAUGGAAAAAUAUACUGAAGUAUAUCCAGACCAGAAAUAAAAUAGACAGGACCAUACCAGAAUGGAGAGUGGUUUGCAGUCAUGAUGACAAACUAGAGAAGCAAUGGAAGCAGGAAAGGAAAAUGAAAUUUGGAGUUCAGGUGACUUCAUGUUUUAAAAUGACCAGGGAGAGGAAAUUUGUCUUCAAAUUUGGGAGGUGUCAAAGAGCAGUUGGUCUUCAACUAUAAAAGAGCCUGCCUCCUUCUGACAAGCAUUUGGUGGAAAUGUAUACACUGGAUUAACUAUUUGGACAAAACAUCAGAAACAGAAACAAUACGAGACGCAGAGUCUGUGACUUUUACAUUCAUAAUAGUGUUAUGAAUAUGGAAUAACACUAUGGAUUUCACCUGGAUUCACCAGUGGUCUUAAUUCCCUUUUUUGUUUGAGUGUGAAAACAUACACUUGUGUGACUCUUUGUUCUUGAUGCUAAGCAGAAGUGAGUGGCGUUUUAUAUCUUUCUGAUAUCGUACAAUUGUAUUUACAGGUCCUUGAUGCUCUAGAUGAACUGGGAGAUUUUUUGCAGCUGAAAUAUUCCCAGCGCUCCAAGUCAUCUCGUCCUGAACUAUAUGAUGAAACAUGCUUUGAACUUGAAGAUUAAGCUUCCCUCCCAUGGAGAAACCAUUAGGAUGUUACAAGAGGGGGGGAGGGAACCUAAACAAUAGGAAUGUGUUUCUUCUUUUCUAAGGACAGCUUUUGCUUCACAGCUAAUUGAACCAAGAAAAGCACUGUGUGUGUUUCACCGGAUUGGAAUCUGUGUGCAAGAGACUGAAAUAUGGUUGCUACAGAGCCCUACCAAGAAAUACGAGUAUUAUUAUUAUUAUUAAUAUUAUUAUUAUUUGAUGCAAAAGACUUUGUCCCAUUAAGUCGAUUGCAACUGUGCAGCCUUUGUUAUGAGCCUUUUUAUGAGCAGGCUUUUCAUAGUUCUUAAUUAUGAUUACAAUAAACUUUUCAAAAGAGUGAAUUGGAAUGUAGUAUGUUGGUUGAAGGAAAAAAUUCACUUGUUAAACUGGCUUUCACUUGCAGAACGGCAUACUUCCAUUUCAACUUAUGUGAAUCUUGGCAGAGGAAAUUACAGGCAGACGUUUCGUUGAUUAACAGGUGUCUUAGUAGGAGACAGCGGUCAUUCAGUGCCUUACUUAACAUUAACUAUUACUGCCAAAAGUUUUUUGGGGAGGGGAAAGCUACAACUUCUGUUUGCCAGUUGGUUUUUUUGGCCCAAAAAAAAAGUUUUAAGGUUUUUUCAUCAAACGUGGCAAGAAAGGGUAAGCCACAAAAAUGUCUGUUUUUAUUCUUACAUUGUUGAUGCAUUGAAUACUUAAAAUUAAUGGUAGAAAUUCUUUUCUUUUUUUUACUUGUUUGGUCUGAAAGCAGGUUUAUAGGCUUUUCAUGCACAAUUUUCAUAACUAACAUUUCUGUUACUCUUGCAUACUUUCACAUGCAUACCUUCCCUUGUGGUGCACAAAAUAUAACUGACAUUCAGAAGCCUAUUUUCUGUUCUUGAAGUGCCUUACAGGCUUGAUAAGCAUACUUGGGAGUAAAGAACACUUUGGUUGUGUGUUUCACAGAAUAAGAUGCGCCAGGAACUUGCUGUUUCAGACUCCUGAAACCUCUUUAUAGUGCUGUUUCUAUGAGGUAUAACACAGUUGGAGAUAAGCUGGUCAACAUUCUUGGUUUUGCUGUGAGAGUUACAGAUCUGUGUUUUUUAUUACAUGUUUACAGUUUUUAACUGGUGUUAGGACAUGACCAAUGAUCUGGAAAGGAUAAUGGGAGAAUAGGUGGAUAUAGUCCCACUUGCAUUGCACCAAAUGAAUGAAGCCAGAACUAAUGGGAAGAUAUCAUCCACUUCCAACUGGGCUGCAUGUGAAAUGAAGUUCUCCAGUCAGCAGUUAAGGAAGGUCUUUGUAGUUUUAUGUAGUUUUUUUAUAUAAAAAUAAAAUAACUGGUUGAAAGUUGUUUCUGUAGCUUUGAGGGAGCUGCAAACCAUUCUGGACUAUCUGAUGGCACUGUAAACACAUCCGAUCAAGAGAUGGUUAGCUUUCUGUUGCACAGAUGUACUUUGCUUUCAUGUUCUUGAAAGCUGUGGUAUCCACUUAACCCACAGCUGCAAAAUUAGAUUUAAGAACAGAACAAUUAAAUUGUGGAAUAGCAAUUACAGUAUAUGACUCCCCUGCUUGUUAAAGCAGCUUUGAGGAUGAAGCAAGGCUGAUUAGUUAUGAGGUCCCUUUUUGUUGUUCAAGUUAAUAAAAUUCAAUGCUGCUAUAAUGUUAAGAACGGACCGCAACGCAUUCCACAAUAUCAAAUGUCUGCUUCAGAAGUAUAUUGUGGAGGGGAGUGAUUUGUACAGUGUUGUAUGAUUGUUCACUUUGGCAGAUGAACUUGAGAAACACUAUAGGGGCCAUGUUUGUGCAUUAUACUAAAACUACUGUAUAAAGAUUAAAGGAUGUUUUUGUUUUUAUAA